AUAUAUAUAUAUUAUUAUCUGUAAAAGUGAAGAAGCAAAGCAACGAGCAGUGAUAUUGAGGUGUUUAUAUAGUGCAGUUUAUUCUGCAUCGAUUUGGUUGUCAUUUUCAAUGAUAUAUAGUGAUAUAUAACUAUUCAAAAUGCAACGAGAAAAUUCGAAUCCCUACCAGCAACAGCAGCAGCAGCAGCACCAACAACAACAACAACAGGUGCAACAAUACUCCACUCAGGAGUAUUCACACUCUUCUCAGCAACACCAGCAGCAAAGGAUUAGCCGCACUGAACAACAUGUUCAGAGGAGAGAGAUCACCACUCAGCAACGAGUGCAACAUCAAGGCGGCAUCGGUGGCACCUACGUACCGCCAUCGUUAACACACGUCUAUGCCCAAGGUGACAUUUCACCGCCAGUUUUUGAGCAAAUCUUCAAGAAUGCUCGCUUCGCUCAGGGCGGCAACGCUCUGUUCGAAGGUAGACUGCGUGGCAAUCCGAAGCCAUUCGUAACUUGGACCCGAAAAGGCGCACCACUUCUCGAGUCGCAAAAGUUCCGUAUGAGCUACAACGAAGCCACUGGCGAAGUGUCCCUCUUAAUUAAUCAAAUUGGACCAGGCGAUGAGGGCGAGUACACGUGCACCGCACGCAACCAGUAUGGUGAAGCUAUUUGCAGUGUCUACAUACAACCGGAGGGCGCACCAAUGCCCGUACUGCAGCCCAUACAAAACUUGGAGAAAAACAUCUAUUCCAACGGCUACUCUUACACAUCCAUCGAAGAGGAGUUCCGCGUAGACACCUUCGAGUAUAGACUUUUGCGUGAAGUUUCCUUUAGGGAGGCUAUAACGCGACGCUCUGGAUACGAGCACGACUCUCAAUUGUCCCAGGAGCUGGAUCGUUCGUUGGGUCCUGCGCACGCACCACAAAUAGCGCAGAAACCAAGAAGCUCUAAGCUCAUUGAGGGUUCUGAUGCUGUUUUCACCGCAAGAGUGGGCUCAAAUCCAAAACCACGACUAACUUGGUUCCAUAACGGCCAGCGUCUUGUAGCGUCGCAAAAGUAUGAGAUCUCUUAUUCGAGUGGCGUUGCCACGCUUCGCGUGAAAAACGCCACUGCCCAAGACGGCGGACAUUAUACUCUACUUGCUGAAAAUUUGCAAGGCUGUGUGGUGUCUUCGGCUGUGUUGGCCGUAGAACCCGCUGCCGAGUCCGCAUAUGAGCCUAAGCCUGUGGAUGUUAUGGCCGAACAACUGGAAGCUGGCAAGGCUUUGCCACCAACUUUUGUGAAGGCUUUUGCCGAUCGCGAAAUAACUGAAGGUCGCAUGGCGCGCUUCGACUGCCGCGUAACCGGUAAUCCCUAUCCCGAGGUGUUCUGGUUUAUAAACGGCCGCCAAGUGCGUGACGAUGCCUCGCACAAGAUUCUAGUCAACGAGUCCGGCAGUCACUCCCUUAUGAUCACCAAUGUCACGCGUUUGGAUGCCGGUGCCGUGCAGUGCUUAGCGCGCAAUAAGGCCGGAGAGGUCGCCAUAGAAGCGCAAUUGAAUGUAUUGGAGAAGGAGCAAGUUGUCGCACCACAAUUUGUGCAACGCUUCAGUACAUUGACUGUGCGCGAGGGCGAGCCAAUUACCUUGAGUGCCAACGCCAUUGGAACUCCCGUGCCACGCAUCACUUGGCAAAAGGAUGGCGUACAGAUCUCAUCGACUGCUGAGCGCUUCGUUGGUAUUGAUGGUGGUGCCACCUGCUUAGAGAUACCUCGUGUGAAGGCUUCUGAUGCUGGCUGGUAUCAAUGUACAGCACAAAAUAUCGCCGGUUCAACUGCUAACCGUGCGAGACUCUAUGUCGAAGUUCCCAGAGAACAACCAAGUCACGAACAAAGGCGUCUUAACCUACCUAGACCAACGAAAGUCAUCGAACCAGAACCUAUUCCUGGUCCGGAAAUAAUUUAUUUGCGCCAUGUUGAGCGCGCAAAACCUCAUUUGCGGCCCGGCGAGGAAGAUCGCGUCUAUCCUCCACCACAGUUCAUUAUACCGUUGCAAAAUGUGCAGCAAACUGAAGGUGGUCGGGUGCACAUGGAGGCACGUAUUGAACCCGUUGGCGAUCCCUCAAUGGUUGUUGAAUGGUUCCUAAAUGGUCGCCCACUGGCUGCCAGUGCUCGCGCCACAUCUGUCUUCAAGUUUGGCUUUAUUGCGCUCGAUUUACUGAGCAUUAUGGGCCACGAUUCUGGGGAAUACAUGUGCCGCGUCAGCAAUGCAAGUGGCGUUGCAGAGUCACGCGCUAUUUUAUCUGUAACCCAGCGUCCAUCUAUCGAGCAGUCCUCUCAAAAUCCCAACAGCUUGCAAUAUAUCAAUCAGCUGGAGGACUACUCGCGCUACCAGCGCCAAGAGAGCACGGAGGAGCUAAUGAAUCAAGCUCCAGAAUUCAUCCGGCCCCUAAGAGAUUUGGGUGAGCUCGAAGAAGGCAAGAACGUACACUUUGAAGCCCAGGUAACACCGGUCAAUGAUCCUACCAUGCGCGUUGAAUGGUAUAAGGAUGGCCUUCCGAUUACUGCCAGCUCACGAAUUACCGCUAUCUUCAACUUCGGUUAUGUCUCCCUAAACAUACUGCACCUCCGUGCUGAAGAUGCGGGUUCGUAUACAGUUCGUGCAGUUAAUCGUAUUGGCGAAGCCAUUAGCUCGUCGACCAUCCGUGUGCAUUCACGCUCCCAGGUUACCGCUGACUUGGGCAUACCCGAACAACAACGCUAUAUCGAAAAAGUUGAAGAAUUGGAGGACUAUAGGAAAGCACAACAGCGACGUCAUGUCCAAGAGGCACCUGAAGCCAUUGCCCCACCCCAAUUCAAAACACCAAUUCAAAACCAGCUGGAUCUACGCGAGCAUGCCCAUGCCCACUUUGAAGCACGUCUGGAACCGAUCGGCGAUUCCACAAUGCGCGUAGAAUGGUUGAAAGAUGGCCAGCCAUUGGAGGCUAGCUCUCGCAUAACUACCUAUCACAACUUUGGUUAUGUAGCUCUGACCAUCAAGCAGCUGACAAUUUACGAUGCCGGCACUUAUACAUGCCGUGCCUAUAACGCAAUGGGUCAAGACACAACCACAGCCCAAUUGAGUGUCAUUUCUAAGAACGAAAUUGUGUCUGAUUCGCAGCAUCCGGGUGGUCUACAGAAAAUACAACAUCUGGAAGACUCUUCGCGCUACAGUCGCCGAGAAGAGGAGGAGACCUCCAUAACUCAAGCGCCACGCUUCCUAGGCCCUCUGAAAGGAACAACCAAAAUUUUAGAAGGUCAACGUGCUCACUUUGAGGCUCGUGUGGAGCCACAAAGCGACUUGGGCAUGCAUAUUGAGUGGUACCACAAUGGACGUGCGAUCACCGCAGCUAACCGUAUUCAAACGUACUACGAUUUCGGAUAUGUCGCAUUGGACAUCUCCCAAGUGCGAGCUGAAGAUGCCGGUGUCUACACUGUGGUGGCCAGAAACAAACUAGGUGAAGCUCAGUUACAAGCAACGAUGGUAGUGGAAACUCGUUCCAGCAUCGACACAUCUAGCAUGCACCGCGGCCUUUAUGAGAAAACUCAAAAUCUGGAAAACCGUCCAUUUGCUGAGCCACAAUACGAUAUUGAAGAAAUUUCAAAGUCAAAGCCCAUCUUCGUACAGCCGCUUACGGACCCGAAGCCUAUCCACGAUGGCAAGAACAUCCACUUGGAGUGUCGUCUAGAGCCUAUGGGCGAUCCCACAAUGCGUGUCGAAUGGUUCCACAAUGGCCGUCCCGUGACUGUUGGUUCACGUUUCCGCACCUACUAUGAUUUCGGUUUUGUUGCUUUGGAUAUCAUUCAAGCGACGGCUGCCGACUCUGGGGAAUACACAGUGCGAGCCACAAACCAUUUGGGAUCUGCUCACACCUCGGCAUGUGUGCGUGUCAUUGAUCGCACGGAUGUGGUGACUGAGACUCAGAACGAACAAUCUCUUGAACAAAUCCAACUGCUUGAAGAUUCGCGUCGUCGCCACCAUAUGGAAGAGGAUAUUACCAUUAUGCAAGCUCCACAAUUCACUCGUGCUUUGCAUAAUAUUGAAACCAUGGAGGGCACAAAUGUUCAUUUGGAGUGCCGUCUGCAACCAGUUGGUGACCCAAGCAUGCGUAUUGAGUGGUUUGUCAAUGGCAAGCCCGUUAAGACUGGACAUCGUUUCCGGCCAGCCUACGAAUUCGACUAUGUAGCGCUUGAUUUGCUUGGCUGUUAUGCCAUUGAUUCGGGAGUUUACACGUGCCAAGCCCGAAACCAGUUGGGUGAGGCCGUCACCUCAUGCUCUGUGCGCAUUAUUGCGAAGAACGAUUUAAUUUUGGAAACGCAAAAUGAGUCUGGCUUGCAGAAAAUCCAGUACUUGGAGGAUUCAUCGCGUUACCGCCGCAAUGAAUUUGUAGAUGAAGUUGUCAAUAUUCGUCCCCGUUUCUUAACGCACCCCAAGAGCUUAACCAAUACGCGUGAGGGUGGUCAUGCUCACUUUGAAUGUAAGAUUGAACCAGUAACUGACCCAAAUCUAAAAGUGGAAUGGUUCAAGAACGGUCGCCCGAUUACGGUUGGUCACCGAUUCCGUCCUAUUCAUGAUUUCGGAUAUGUCGCUUUGGACAUUGUUGAUCUGAUUGCUGAAGAUUCCGGCGUUUACACCUGCCGCGCAGUUAAUCUAAUUGGAUCCGAUGAGACUCAGGUCGAAUUGCAAUGCCGUAGCAGUGAACAAAUCGUCACUGUUACCCAAAAUGAAGCUGGCCUAGAACAGAUUCAUUAUUUGGAAGACCGAUCGCGUUAUAGCCGCCGCGAAGAGAUCGAUGAAAGCACGAAGCAGACACCAGUUUUCACUACCUCUUUGAAGAACAUCGAAAUAAAGGAGAAUCAACGUGCCCACUUUGAGUGCCGUUUAAUUCCGGUAUCCGAUCCUUCCAUGCGCGUGGAAUGGUACCACAACAACUUGCCACUAAAAUCUGGCUCGCGAUUCACUGAGACCAACAACUUCGGCUUUGUAGCUCUGGACAUUAUGUCCUGCUUACCUGAGGAUGCAGGUACUUAUACCUGCCGUGCUUUCAAUGCUGUUGGUGAAGCUAUCACCUCUGCAGUCGCCAUCGUGCACACCAAGAAGUCUAUCUAUCUAGAAUCGCAACAUGAAACUGCACUGCCACGCUUGCAGCAUUUGGAAGAUGGUUCUAAGCGUCAACGCAUCAGCGUUCAAGAUGAAUUUGUUUCUCAGGCACCAGUGUUCACCAUGCCGGUGCGAGAUGUUCGUGUUGCUGAAAAUCAGGCAGUGCACUUUGAAGCUCGCUUGAUCCCGGUGGGCGAUCCCAACCUAAAGGUAGAAUGGCUCCGCAAUGGUCAGCCCAUUGAAGCCUCCAAUCGUACGACAACAAUGCAUGAUUUCGGAUAUGUGGCGCUUAACAUGAAAUAUGUUAAUCCUGAAGACUCUGGCACCUACACCUGCCGUGCCGUCAAUGAACUGGGUCAAGCUGUAACUUCAGCUUCGUUGAUUGUGCAGUCAAAGACUGCUAUACAGUUGGAGACUCAACACGAAGCUGCCAUGCACAAGAUUCAUCAACUAGAGGAUCACAGCAAGUACCAACGCCGCGAGGAAGAGGAAUUCACCGUGACAACAGCACCAGUUUUUGUUACCAAAUUGAUUGGUCCUAGCAAUCUGGUUGAGGGACAAAGUGCUCAUUAUGAGUGCCGCAUUGAACCAUACCCUGACCCAAGCCUUAAGGUUGAAUGGUUCCACAACGGCAAGCCGCUUAGCACUGGUCAUCGCUUCCGUACAACUUAUGACUUCGGAUUUGCUGCUCUAGACAUCCUCACUGUGUACGCUGAAGAUAGCGGCGAGUACACAUGCCGUGUGACUAACAAUCUUGGCGAAGCCGUGAACUCUGUUGUGCUUAAUGUGCAAUCUCGUUCUUCUAUUAUUCACGAGACUCAGCAUGAAGAAGCUUUGCACAAGAUUCAGCACUUGGAGGAUACAACGCGUUUCCAACGCAAGGCCGACGAAGAUCAGUUCCAUGCCGAACGCCCACAGUUCGGACGUCCGCUGCGUAAUGCCAAGGUCAAUGAAGGCACUCCAGUUCAUUUGGAAGCUACCUUGGUCCCCGUUAAUGAUCCAACCAUGAAGGUGGAAUGGUAUUGUAAUGGCAGACCCAUUCAAACAGGUCAUCGCUUCAAGACAACCUAUGAUUUCGGCUUCGUUGCGUUGGACAUCUUAUAUGCACAUGCUGAAGAUACUGGCACAUACAUGUGCAAGGCCAAGAAUGCUGUAGGGGAAGCUGUCACGACUUGUGCUGUAAACGUAACAGCAAAUAAGACAUUGGACCUCGACACAAUGGAUGCUCAGCGUCUCGAGAAGAUUCGUCAACUGGAGAGCUAUGCACCACCAACUAAGCUAGAAGUAGAAGAGAAGGGUCAAAAGCCUAUUUUCCUGACGCCUCUAAGCAACCUGGAGCAUCUGAAGGAAGGUGAACACGCUCACCUGGAGUGUCGCGUUGAACCAAUAAAUGACCCUAACCUGAAGAUUGAAUGGUUCUGCAAUGGCAAACAACUGCCAACUGGUCAUCGCUAUAGAACCACUCAUGACUUCGGCUACGUCGCUUUAGAUAUUUUGUAUGUCUACGGAGAAGAUACUGGCACAUAUAUGUGCAAGGCCACAAACCUGUUGGGAGAGGCCGUUAAUACCUGCAACGUGCGUGUGCUGAACCGUCGCAGCAUGAUUCUGGAUACUCAGCAUCCUGAUGCUUUGGAGAAAAUACAAAAACUAGAAUCAAAGGUAGUGACCACCCGUACUGAAGUUGGCGACCAUCCCCUCAGCCCACCACACUUUACGGCAGAGCUGCGCGGAUCUACUGAGAUCUAUGAAGGUCAAACCGCUCACUUUGAAGCUCAAGUGGCUCCAGUUCAUGAUCCAAACUUGCGCAUCGAGUUUUACCAUAAUGGCAAGCCACUGCCAUCGGCUGCUCGUUUCCACAUCACUUUUGAUUUCGGAUAUGUCUCACUGGAUAUAACACAUGCUGUGGCCGAAGAUGCUGGCGAGUACUCUGUGCGCGCCGUCAAUGCGCUCGGGCAAUGCGUUUCGUCCACAAACUUGCGCGUCAUUGCACGUGGUACUAUUAUCUCCGACACUCAACAUCCUGAGGGAUUGGAGAAAAUACGCAAGCUGGAAUCAAAUGCUCCAUAUCAGCGUCAAGAAAUUGAGACUCCUGGCACUAGACAGCGUCCAGUGUUCACUCAACCACUGCAAAAUAUCGAUCGCAUUAACGAACAUCAAACAGCUCACUUUGAGGCCCGCCUUAUUCCUGUGGGUGAUCCAAAUCUGAAGGUCGAAUGGUACCGUAAUGAGAAGCUUAUUGAGGACAGCUCCCGCAUUACCAAGCAACACGAUUUUGGUUACGUAUCCUUGGACAUCUCUCACAUUCGCAAGGAAGAUGAGGGCGUUUAUAUGUGCCGCGCAGUUAAUCCAUUGGGCGAGGCCGUUACCACCGCUUCGAUGCGUGUUGUCACUGAAGCUAGUAUUCUCAUGGAUACACAACAUCCAGAUAGUAUCAGUCGCAUCCACCAAUUGGAGAAACCCGUAGCUCCACGCCCAGCAGAGCCAGAGCGCCUCUUUGAGAAGCCUAUCUUUACGCAAUUGCUUACUGGUCCUUCUGAAGUGUGGGAAGGCACGCACGCACACUUUGAGGCUCGCGUUGUUCCGGUCGGUGAUCCUUCUUUGAAAUUCGAGUGGUACAUCAACGGUGUGGAACUGCAAAUGGGCUCGCGCCUGCGUACAACACAUGACUUUGGUUUUGUUACUCUGGACAUUAACGCUGUUGUUCCUGAAGAUGCCGGUGUCUACAUGUGCCGUGCAUACAAUGCCGCUGGCGAGGCCGUUUCCUCUACAGCUAUGAAGGUCAAGACUAAGGCGAACAUCGACGGACAGCCCUUGGUUCCAGAAUCCUGGGAAGCUAUUCGCCUUAAGGAAGCCGCCAUGAACCGCGUACCUGAAAUGCUUGUUGACUCAACACCGCAACAAGCCCCAGUGUUCACGACUCACUUGCAGAGCUACGACAAACUGCAUGAGGGACAGCAUGUAUUGCUGGAGGCUCAAGUAGAACCUCGUGCUGAUCCAAAUCUACGUAUAGAAUGGUUCAAGAAUGGUAUUUCAUUGACCACUGGCUCUCGUAUUCGCAGCACUUUCGAUUUCGGUCUAGUAACAUUGUCUAUUAACGGUCUGCGUGAGGAUGAUUCAGCCAUCUAUACUUGCAAAGCCACUAACUUGGUUGGCGAAGCUGUUUCUACAUCGUCUUUGAAGAUCGAAGAUCGUCAUUGGUUACAUGCAGAAUCUCUGCAUCCAGACUCGCUGCCACGUAUUGGUGAGCUAGAAGCACCAAAGGAGGGUCGCCCAGAGGCACCUGAGCCCACAUACGAAACUCCCGUUUUCAUUACCCACUUGAACAACAUUGAGUGCAAAGAGACCGAUAAUGUGCGUUUUGAGUGCAACGUUGAACCAGCUCGCGAUCCAACCAUGAACAUCGAAUGGUACUACAAUGGUCAGCCAUUGCAAGCUGCAGCCAAAUUCAAGUCAAUUUAUGACUUUGGCUACUGCGCCUUAGAUUUGACCAACUCGUACGCAGAAAACAGCGGCGUUUAUACUUGCAAGGCUACGAACAGCAAGGGCUCAGCCACAACUUCGGGCACGCUUAGGUGCACUGGUGGAAAGACAAUGUUCUUGGAUACUCAACAUCCUCAGGGUGAGAGUGGACUGGAAGCUGUUCAGGAAACCGAAGAGGCCCUGGCUAACCGCUACAACCAGAAGUCAACUAAGCCUGAGACGCAAUAUCCUCCUCCAGUCUGGACAAAACCAUUGCAGCCUGAGUUUAAGCUGUCUGAAGCACAACCAAUCCAUUUGGAGGCAAAUGUGGAGCCCAAAGAAGAUCCUAACUUGUUUAUUGAGUGGUAUUUCAACGGAAAACUGUUGCAACAUGGCUCGCGCUUCAAGAUGACCACCGAGUUUGGCUUCGUUACCAUGGACAUGAUUGAAGUUUAUGAAAGAGAUCAAGGCAUAUAUACUUGCAAGGCUUACAACAAGGCCGGCGAAGCUUUCACAUCUACUACCAUUUUCUGCAGUAGCAAGGAAAAUAUUAUUGAGAAAACUCAGCAUCCCAAGGGAGCAGAAGGUCUUGAACAAAUCCAAGACCUGGAAGAUUCACUACGCAGGGAUGGUAGCAAGCCAGAGAAACCUGAAGAAGGCAUUGCACCACGCUUUACUACCGAGUUCGUCAACAUCGCGGACAUCGGCGAAGGUGAACUUGCCCACUACGAAGCCAACCUUAUUCCGGUGGGUGAUCAGAGUAUGGUCAUCGAAUGGUUCUUUAAUGGUAAAGUUUUGGAGGCUAGCCAUCGUGUGCGCACUAUUUAUGCCUUUGGAACUGUCGCUUUGGAGGUGCUCGGCACUAAGAUCGAGGACACCGGCACUUACACAUGCCGUGCCACCAACAAAUACGGAUCUGCUGAGAUCAGCUGCACUUUGGAGUGCGUUGACAAGCCACGUGGCCAGAAACCGCGCUUCACGUCGCACAUUCAACCGCUGCAAGGCUUGAAGGAUGGACAGUCUGCACACUUUGAGUGCACUCUGAUACCCGUUAAUGAUCCUGAUUUGAAGGUCGAGUGGUAUCAUAAUGGCAAACUUUUGCGUCAUUCGAACCGCAUCAAGACAGUUUCCGACUUCGGUUACGUUGUGCUGGAUAUUGCCUACUUGCAGGAUCAUGAUAGUGGCGAGUAUGUGUGCAGAGCUUACAACAAAUAUGGUGAGGACUUUACUAGAACGACACUCAAUUGCGGUGGUCGCGGCGGUGUGUUCUACGACAGUUUACAGCCCGAUUCACUACCAAGAAUUCGUGAGCUUGAGUGUCCACAAGGCCAACAGACCGAUUCUAGUGCUCCUAUUGUGGCUGAACCACCCAAAUUCAUUACCCAAAUCAGUGAUGUAACCAAACUUGUCGAGGGCCAAAGCGCGCACUUUGAAGCCCGUUUGACGCCUGUAACCGACCCAGAUCUGAAGGUCGAAUGGUAUUUCAAUGGCAAAAAACUGCCCCAUGGACAUCGUUUCCGUACCUUCCACGACUUUGGCAUUGUCAUUUUGGAUAUUCUGUACUGCUAUGAGGAGAAUUCCGGUGUAUAUGAGUGCCAUGCCGUCAAUAAAUACGGUGAAGAUGUCACUCGUGCUACGCUAAAAUGCGCUUCGAAGGCUAGUCUUAUUCUAGACUCUCAACUGCCACGCGGAAUGGAAGGUGGUCUGGAGAAGAUUGCCAAUCUUGAGUACAGCAUGGUACGCACUCGCGACGAAACAACGGAAGAGACUAAGGGCAAGGCUCCAGUGUUCACCGUUCCUCUUGAAAAUAUUGAAAAUCUACGUGAGGGUGAAAACGCUCAUUUCGAGGCGCGCAUUACACCAGCUGAUGAUCCUAAGCUUAAGGUUGAAUGGUAUUGGAACGGUCGUCCACUCAAGGCCGGCUCUCGCUUCCGUACCUUCUGUGACUUUGGAUUCGUCAUCUUGGAAAUUUCACCUGUUUAUCCCGAAGACUCUGGCGAAUAUUCGUGCCGUGCUAUUAAUGAGUAUGGUGAAGCCGUUACCACAGCUACCAUGAAGAUUCAGGGUAAACGCAGCAUUAUUAUGGAAUCCCAGCUGCCAAAGGGCAUGGAGGGCACUAUUGACAGAAUUGCAGAAUUAGAAGGAUUGGGUUCACGCAGCACAGAGUUUGUACCUGAUGAUGACACUGGCAAGCCGCCAGAGUUCAUAACCACACCGUUCGAUAUGGUGAUCACCGAGAACUCUUUGGCCCACUUCGAGUGUCGCUUGCAGCCCAUUAACGAUCCGUCCAUGCGCGUUGACUGGUUCCACAAUGGCAAGGCUUUGUGGGCUGGCUCCCGCAUUAAGACUAUUAACGACUUCGGUUUUGUCAUUCUUGAAAUAGCUGGUUGUUAUCAACGCGAUAGUGGUCUGUACACUUGCAAGGCCACCAACAAGCAUGGUGAGGCUACUGUCUCAUGCAAGCUACAGGUUAAGGGACGCCAGGGUAUUGUUAUGGAGCCUCAACUACCCUCAAACUUCCGUACUGGUACGGAAAGUUUGCAGAAGUUGGAGGAGAGCAUGCAUAGACGCGAGGAAAUCGUUAUCGAUGAGGAGCAACCUAACCCGCCUAAGUUCAUUGAAGAGAUCAAGGACAAUUUGGAUGUGCCCGAGGGUGGUCCAGUUCACUUCGAUUGCCGCGUUGAGCCUGUUGGCGAUCCAACUAUGCGCAUUGAAUGGUUCUACAACGGCCUUCCUAUGGCUACUGGCUCUCGAGUACAUCAAUUGAAUGACUUCGGUUUCAUUGCUCUCGACAUCGAUUAUAUUUAUGCACGCGACUCUGGCGAAUACACCUGUCGCGCCACAAACAAGUGGGGCACAGCAACUACCACUGCAAAGGUUAGCUGCAAGGGCAAGCACAACAUUGUCUACGAAUCGCAGUUGCCAGAAGGCAUGACCUCUGAAAAGUUGAAGGAAUUGGAGCGUGGACGCAUACCAGAGGCUCCGAAAGUCGUAGAGCCAGAGUUUGGACCGCCGAAGUUCAUUACUCAAAUUACUUCCGUUACCGUCGAAGAAGCAGAGGCAGUCCGAUUCGAGUGCCAAGUGGAACCAAAGACUGAUCCAAGCUUGCGCAUUGAAUGGUACCGCAAUGGCAGACCAUUGCCAUCUGGUCAUCGUUAUAGGAACAUCUUCGAUAUGGGCUUUGUAUCAUUGGAUAUUUUGUAUGUAUACGGAGAGGACUCUGGAGAGUACGUCUGCCGUGCUAUUAACAACCAUGGUGAAGACCGAACCAAGGCAACUGUGUCCUGCAAAAAACUGCCCACUAUUUUGUUGCAAAACCAAGUGCCUCGUGGCAUGAAACGCUCAGACGCGUUGACGCAAAUGGAAGCUACCAUCAAAAAGUAUACUUCUGAAGUGCAUUUGACCGAAGACGAUUUGUUUGAUCCCGAUCGCAAGCAGCCACCUCGCUUUGUCACGCAAAUCAAAGACCAAGCCAAUCUUACGGAAAUGGCUGUCACUAAAUUCGAGUGCCAGCUGGCUCCUGUUGGUGAUCCCAACAUGAAGGUGGAAUGGUUCUUUAAUGGAAAACCUUUGCUCUACAAGAACCGCUUCCAACCCAUUUACGACUUUGGUUAUGUGGCGAUGAACUUCGGUUGGGUCUACCCUGAGGAUAGCGGCGAAUAUGUCUGUCGCGCAACUAAUUUGUAUGGCAAGGACGAAACUAGAGCUUUCAUUAAAGUCGCUGGAAAGCCGGGCAUUGUUUACGAUUCUCAAUUGCCCGCUCACAUGCAGAGUAUCGAUCGUAUUCGUGAAAUGGAAGCUUCUUGGCAGGUUGUGCCUGAGGAGGUUGAUCCAGACGCAAAACCAAGAACAAAGCCUAUCUUUGUCAGCAAACUGGAACCACAGACCGUGGAAGAAGGCGAAUCAGCUAGAUUCUGUGUGCGUGUAACUGGACAUCCACGUCCAAGAGUUAUGUGGCUCAUCAAUGGCCAUACCGUCGUGCAUGGCUCUCGCUACAAGUUAACCAAUGAUGGCAUGUUCCAUUUGGAUAUCCCGAAGACCCGCCAGUAUGACACCGGAAAAGUUGAGGUGAUUGCCCGCAACUCUGUGGGUGAAUCGAUUGCUUCCACUGAAUUGAAUGUUGUCGCUCGCUCGGAUGACUAUCGUAAUGUUCUGAAGAAUUCGCCACGCCCAUGGUACGAUUAUGAGCUAGCUGCCUAUCAGAAGGAACGUCAGGAAAAUGAGUUGGAGAAGGUAUUUGAUGAGCGUAAGCAAUAUUUAUCCGAACAAAGCGCCCAUACCCUAAAGGGCGUUGAACACCUUAAGCCCAAGCAAUAUAAGCCAGCAACUCCAGAAUGGCAGCAGAGCGUUAAGGCCAAGAAGAGCGAGGAGUAUUACAACAAGUUGCAGGAAUUGGAGACAGAGCAGCUGCUGAAGGAGACCACUUUGCGCAGAGAUAACCAUCAGUACGCCAUACCUGGCGACAAGGUUGUUAGCAGCUCCGCUGCCAAGGGUAUGGCCCAGUCGUACGAGGAGAACCUCCAAGAGCAAACGAGCAACACUCAAAUCAAGAAGGCUGGACCUAAGGGUACAGCGGAACCAUCAGAGUCUUCCGUGCAUGGCCGCGAAGUGCACAUGAAUAAGCAACAGCAGGUACAGAAGGAGAUUCAGGGUGAUUUGGAAAUCACUCGCAAGAUAACAUCGACCGAAACAACUGAAAUGGAGCACAAGGGCACUACGCAAGAGCGUGUAGUGAAGGGCCCAGUAAAACCAGCCAAAGCGCCAAUUUUCACCAAGAAGAUACAGCCAUGCCGCGUCUUUGAGAACGAACAAGCUAAGUUUGAAGUCGAGUUCGAUGGCGAGCCCAUGCCAACUGUGAAAUGGUUCCGUGAGAGCUUCCCCAUUCAGAACUCUCCCGAUUUGCAGAUUCAUACCUUUAGCGGAAAAUCGAUCCUGAUCAUACGCCAAGUCUUUGUCGAGGACUCGGCUGUGUUCUCUUGUGUGGCUGAGAAUCGUGGUGGCACUGCAAAGUGCAGCGCCAAUUUGGUUGUGGAAGAGCGCCGACGAGCUGGCAAGGGUGGAAUACAACCACCAAGCUUUGUCACAACUAUCCAGAGUACCACUGUAGCCACCGGUCAAUUGGCCCGCUUCGACGCUAAGGUCACAGGUACCCGUCCAAUGGAUGUGUAUUGGCUGAAGAACGGCAUGAAGAUACAUCCAAGCAUCAAAUUUAAAAUGCUUGAAGAGGAUAGUGUGCAUACAUUGCUCAUUAUUGAGCCAUUUGCAGAGGAUUCUGGUCGUUAUGAGUGUGUGGCUGUGAAUGCAGCCGGUGAGGCACGCUGCGAUGGUGACUGUGUAGUCCAAUCGCCAACCAAGCCGGACAAGCCAACUACUCCAGGCAGUGAAAAACCGCCACAUAUUGUCGAGCAACUUAAGAGCCAAUCCGUUGAGGAGGGCAGCAAAGUUAUCUUCCGCUGUCGCGUUGAUGGCAAACCAACGCCUACGGCCCGCUGGAUGCGCGGGGAGAACUUUGUGAAGCCUUCGCGCUACUUCCAAAUGAGCCGCCAGGGUGAAUACUACCAGCUGAUCAUAUCGGAGGCAUUCCCCGAGGAUGAGGGCACUUAUAAGUGUGUGGCUGAGAAUAAGUUGGGCAGCAUUCAGACCAGCGCUCAGCUUAAGGUGCGUCCAAUCGAGAACUUGGAUGCACCUCCCACCAUCACAGCCUUGAAGGAUGUUUCCGUUACUGAAGGCAUGCCAGCCCAGUUCAAGACCACUGUGACCGGCAAAGUGAAGGCAACCAGUGUGCAAUGGUUCCGAGAAGGUCAAUUGAUACCAGAAACACCUGACUUCCAGAUGAUUUUCGAUGGUAACAGCGCUGUACUUCUGAUCGGAACGACCUACGAAGAAGAUUCGGGUAUCUUUACAGUACGUGUGACUUCGUCAACUGGACAAGUCGAGUCCUCAGCCAAACUGACUGUUAAAAAGCGACGUAUCUCGGCCUAUCAAUUGCGCACAAUUGAUUCCGUCGAAGAUGAGUCCUCUUCCUCUGGCAGGGAAGAUAGUGCACCCGAGUCACCUUAUCCACAACAGCAGCAGCCACCACAAUAUGGCCAGUACCUUGGCGUCAAUGGUCAAGUACCGCACCAGGGUCGUUCGCGGACCAAGAAGACCAAGGUGCGCAGCAAAUCCCUGCAGCCACCUUCCAACAUUGUGCCUUGGCGAAAGUCAUCGCGACCUCAUCGCGGACGGUCCUUGGAUAAGCAGCCAUUUUUGCCAGGCUUUAAGCCGGAACCAAUCAAAUCAUGGACUGAGGAGACAAUUAGCUUGAAGCCAGCACCCAUUGAGAGAAAGAAGCCCGUCCCCAAACUAGAGGCAGCUAAGGUUGUGCUUAAGUCCAUUAAAAGCGAGCGGGAUCAGGGCAUUAUGAGCCUUGGUGCUACAUUGGAACAAAUUAUUGCCGGGAAGACUGAAAAAGAAGCUGUACCGUGGAUAACUAUGCGCGAAAAAUUGAAGCAGGUCGAGAGUGUACAGCAACAACUUAAUAAAUUCGAUCUGGAUGAGGUAUAUUUGCGUCCUCUGGAGGGGCAAAUCGAGACGGAGUCACAACAACCACAACAGGCUCAAGUGGAACAGGUGAAGCGUGAUAAGGAAAUUCAACGCUUGAAGAGCAUGGAGAGUGUUGAAAUAAUGGAGAUGACAGAGCAAAUCGAUAAACUUAUAACGCAACACCAGAAAGAGGACACAAUUCCAUGGAAAGAAAUGCGCCAACAGUUGAAGAGUGUUCAACGGGUGACUAAACAAAUCGACAAAUUCAAAAUGGAGGAAGUCGAACUUCGCCACUUGCAGGCUCAACAAAUUAUUACUGAGGAAACACAGACUGCUGUUGAAGACACGGUUGUUAUGAAAAUUGAUGAUAGCUCAAAGGGUUCGAUAGCGAAGGUUAUGCGUCGCGAUGAAUUGCAGCACUACGAAGAUCAAUCAAAUCUUUACAAACAGCAAUUCAUAACCACCGAAGAUGUUAAUAUAAUGAAUGUGUCUGAGCGUGAAAGGCUGGAAGCUCAACGUAUAAUCAGAGACCAACAAGGUGUUAACUGGAGGCAGCAGCAGGAACGACCGCAGUUACAGCCACUAACAUCAGUCGAGGACACAGUUUCAUCUCAGACUAGUGAACGUCAGAAACUUGUUCAGCAACAAAGUACAAUUGAGGAGGCUCAACGGCAACAGUUCGUGCAAAUUGAAGAUUCCCAGAUGAUGAGCCUUGAACAAUACGAGCAUCUACAGACGGUCAACCAGCGAACUCAACAAGAGGCUUUCAACUGGCGUCAACCACGACAGCCCCAGAAGUUCAUUCAAGUUGAAGAUUCAUCUCUGCUUCAUUUGCAGGAGCGUGAAGACACACAAGAGCAGCAGUUACUGCAACAGCAACCAGUUAUGUGGGACCGUGGCAGAAAGCAGCCACAACAGCCACAGCAGCCGCAACCAAUGCAACCGCAGGUGCCAAUCCAAGAACAAUAUGUCGAAAAGCCUAAGACUUAUGAGGAAAUGCACGAUGAAUUGAUUGAACCAGUUCCAGUACAACAGCCACAAGCUCAGCCAGUCAUGUGGGAAAGAGGCAAAAAGAAGCCUGUUGCUCCACAGCAACAAACUUACGAGGAGCUACAUGAUGUAUUGGCUGAGCCAAUCGCACCACAGCAACCACAUUUAGUUCCAGUCAUGUGGGAACGCGGCAAGAAGCAACCAGUUCCUCAACAGCAACAGGUUACCGCCACAACAGAGUUAGUGGAAACAUCUCAAUAUGCUGAGCAACAAACUGUUGAGGAAACAAAGAAGGUUGCAGUGCGUAAAGUUCUUCCACCACGUGACCCUGAGCAAAGAGUUGAACAGGUAACAUUGAAGCCCACGCCACGACAAAAGCCAAAAGAAGCUCAAAAGGCUGAGGAGUUCCAAUUGAAACCCCUUAAGAGUACUAGACAAGUACAACAAACAGUCGAAGAGGAAUCGCAAAAAGCUUAUGAGGAAACUGUAGAUGAAAUAUUGGUUGAAGAAACCGAGCGACAGGAAGCAGAGCCCUCUCAGCCUGUGAUGUGGGAGCGUGGCAAGAAGAAGCCUCAGAAACCACAAGAAGCUCAACAGAUUCCAAAAACUCUUGAGGUGGCUGAAGAUCAACUUGUAGAAGAAUCCACUCUCCCUGUAGAACCGCAGCCACAGCCAGUGAUGUGGGAGCGUGGCAAGAAGAAGCCUCAGAAAGCACAAGAAGCUCAACAGAUUCCAAAAACUCUUGAGGUAGCUGAAGAUCAACUUGUAGAAGAAUCCACUCUCCCUGUAGAACCGCAGCCACAGCCAGUGAUGUGGGAGCGUGGCAAGAAGAAACCCCAGAAACCACAAGAAGCUCAAGAGAUUCCAAAAACUCUUGAAGUUGCUGUAGAUGAACUUGUAGAAGAGCCAACAAAACCUGCAGAGCCGCAGCCCCAGCCCGUAAUAUGGGAACGCGGUAAGAAGAAGCCGAAGCAGCCACAAGAGCAAGAGAUUCAAAAGACUCUAGAAGUUGUUGAAGAUAUUUUGGUAGAAGAGGAACCUGAGUCUGUACAGCCGCAGCCUGUCGCGUGGGAACGCGGCAAGAAGAAAAAGAUCCAACCAAAACCCCAGGAAGUUACAGAGCAACCAAUUGAAGAAGCGCCACAAAAGACCUAUGAGGAAGCUGUAGAUGAAUUACCAACUGAGCCUCAGGAGCAAGACAAACCCCAGCCAGUUCCAUGGCAGCGUGGAAAGAAAAAACCGCAACAGCCUGUCGAAGUUAUCGAACAAGUCCAACCGGAUGAAGUCGAUGCCCAUAUUGAAGAAAUUGUCGAAGAAAAAGAUAUUGAAGAAACCCGUAAGGUUAGGAAAAUAAAGAAACCAAAGGCUAAGCCAACAAAAUUAGAACCAGAAGUUGAGCAAACUGAAGAACAAGAAGAAGUCGAAGAGGAACAGCCACAAGAAAUUGAGGAGACAGUACCUACGACUGAAGAGCCCAAGGCAAAGAAACCAGCUAUUAAGCCUGUGGAAGUGGAGCAAGUGGAAAAGGUAACACUUAAGCCUGUUCCUAGAAAGCAACAACCUCUUCCAGAGAAAGAACAAAUUGAAGAGGUUUCUUUGAAACCAUUGAAAAAGGCUGCAGUUGUUAAAGAGACAAUCAAACCAGAAGCUACGGAAGCUGAACUCAUUGAGAGUGAAGAAGAUGUCGUUGAAGAACAAAUUGUGGACGUUACUAAAAAGCGAGUUAAGAAGAAAAAGCCUAAGAAGAAGGUCACAGAAGAAGACAGCAUUGAGGAACCACUUGAAGAUAUUGAAGAACCAAUCGAAGAAGCUCAACCAGAAGAACCCACCGAAGACGUUGCUGAGGAAAUUAUUGAAGAAACACCCAUCGAGGAGACUCAACAGAAAGUAACGAAGCCGAAACCAAAGAGAGAAGAAAUUGUAGAAAAGGUUGAAGAAGUUUCUUUGAAAAAGGUUACUAGGCCCAAAAAACAAUUACCUCAGGAAGCGACGAUCGAGGAAGUACGUCUUAAGCCAACAAAACGCACAGCAGCUAAGCCUGAAGAAGUUAAAUUGGAAGAAGUUGACUUGCAGCAUGUCGAGAAGGUGGAUGAAACCAUCGUGCAAGAAGAAAAGCGCAAGACUAAAAAAGUAAAGAAGCCGAAGCAUGAAGAUCUGCCUGAAAUAUCAGAUGCAGAACCAACAGAGUUGGAAGAGGCCGAGCACAUAGAUAUUGAAAAAGAGCCUAAGAUUGAAGAGGCACCAGCUCAAGUGCCAUGGGAAAGAGGAAAGAAGAAGAAGCCAGUUGAACAGCCUUUAGAAGAAAAACAAUGGCCAACGGGUAAGCGCCGACCACUAGCUCAAGAAGAACCAGAAGAAGUUCAGCUUAAGCCAAUACCAGCAAAACCAAUCGAAGAGCCGCAGCGUCCAGAAAAAGCAAUACCAGGACCCGAGCUUGUACCCGAAGAGCGGCCAAAGAGCGAAGACGAAGAUGUAGAACUGGAGCCGCUUCAACUUCCAGAAGAAAAGCCGCCCAAGGAAAAAGUAAAGAAAGAAAAAAAGAAAAAGCCCAAACUGAAAAAGGCAACUCCAUCCGUCGACGAGGUCUCCGAAGAAAUGGCUGAGCCAUUUGCAGAGCCAAUUGCUGAGGAAGAUCAAGUUGAAGAAAUUCCUAUUGACGACGACAAAGUGGUUGCCGUUUCCGAAGAUGUGCUGCCCGAAGAAGAAGUCGUUCCCACGGAAGAAUUACCAGAAACCAAGCAAAAGGCCCAUAAGAAGAGAACAAAACGUCUUAAGGAAGCCUCAAUUGAGGGCCAACCUCAAUUACUGGAAGCGGUUGUAGCUGAAAUUGAAAAAAUAGAUGAAACUUCUCAGGAGAUCUCACAAAAGACUAUUACACUGAAAAAGACUGAAGACUCUAGACCUCAAUUUAUCACAACUGAACAGCUCAUUGAACUCGAUGUUGAAGAUGUUCGAAGAGACUUAGAAAUGAAAGUCACCUCUAAUAUUAUUAAGAAGGAGAAACGGCGGGUUGUACUUGAUGAUAGUCAGCCAUUGCCAGAACUGGAGCUGAUUACGCAGAAACGAAUCCAGGAGGGUAUUGACAAGGUCGCCGAUGAAGAACUAAUUGAAGAUCAGCAGUUGAUACAAAAUCUGGAGGAGACUACCACCUCUGAGGUUGUAGGUCAGGAGCGUAAGCUGGUUAAGAAGAAAAAGAAGGAAAUCAAGCCGCCCCGAAUCACAGAAAAGCUUCGCCCCCGACAAUGCAUUCCGGAAGAGCCUACUGUGCUUGAGUGCAAGGUUGAGGGUGUACCAUUCCCAGAAAUCAAUUGGUACUUUAACGAUAUACUUUUAUUCGCUUCGGAAAAGUAUGAAAUAACAGUUGUUGAGCAAGUAGCUCAGCUUAAAAUAGCUAAGGUGACCCCAAGCGAUGUCGGUGUCUACACAUGCGAGGCCAAGAAUGAAGCUGGAGUUGCUACAUCCCGUACCAAUAUUAUAUUAGAAAAAGAACAAGGAGUUCCUCCACAAUUCACGAAACCGUUGAAGAUAGUGUUUACAGAAGAAAAAGAACCUGAGCGAUUAAAGGUUACAGUUACCUGUCAGGUCACCGGUAAGCCGAUCCCUCAGGUUCAAUGGUACCGGGGAACUGAAGAGGUUAUACCAAGCGAGACAGUUCAAAUGUUCUAUAAUGAGGAAACUGGCGAUGUGGCACUAGAAAUUAUCAACCCCACACCGAACGAGGCAAUAACCUACACAGUCCAAGCACAGAAUCAGUUCGGCCGUGCUAUUGGAAAUGCCAAUAUUAUGAGUCGACUCGAUGAGGAGCCUAAAGAGAUAUUAAAGGCUCCUACUGUUACUCCACUGAGUGCUGUUGUUAUACCAAACGGUGGAACUUUGUUCUUUGAGGCCAAAUAUGAUGGCAUGCCAAAGCCAGAAAUUAAAUGGCUGCGUAAUGGCCGCGAAAUACAAGAAAAUGAAGAAACUAUUAUUGAAACAACCGAGACAACAACAACAAUUAAAAUUGUAAACAUGACUCGCAAACGCACAGGCAAAUAUGAGAUAUGGGCCAAGAACAAAGUAGGUGAAGCCAAAUCGUCUGGGUCGGUGGUGGUGACAGAUCAAGCGCCCGAUAAACAAAUUAAGCCUCCACGCUUCAUACAGCCAUUGGAGCCAAAGUUCUUCGAGGAACACGAGGUCGUCAUACUUGAAGCAGUUGUUGAGUCGGAACCACUAUCGUCGUUCCAAUGGUUCGUGCAUAAUGAACCACUUAAGACCUCCACAGAAUGCCGUAUUGUUAGUGAGGCAAACAAAUCGACUCUUUUGAUAGAAGACUUCCAGAAGAAGUUUGCGGGACCGUACACUUGCCGAGCGGAAAAUGUUGGUGGAUCAGUCACAUCAACAGCUACAGUUAAUUUGCUCGAGACAUUGCCUCAGGAAGAAGCCGUAGAAUUUGAAUCGCCACGUUUCAUUGAAGAGCUCAUUGCUCCCGUGGAGGUUAUGGAUGGUGAAGCUCUGCUACUUACAUGCAAGGUCACGGGCAAGCCGACGCCAAAGGUUGAAUGGUACCACAAUAAGGAAAAAAUCACAGAGACUAAAGAAACAACAAUAUCGCAAGACUUACAGGGCAUAUGUCAGCUGAAAAUAACUGAAGUGUUCCCUGAAAAUGAGGGUCAAUACAAAUGUGUUGCUUCGAAUAAGAUUGGCAAAAGCGUUACCAAGACAACUGUUAAUAUUCAAGCAUUUGAAUAUAUCCCCGAUUCUGAAAUCACUGGACUCACAGGAUCUGAGGAGGAUCUACUUGAUAGAACCAUCUCAAUCGACGAACAAGCACCGAAAAUUGUUAAGAAACUACCAGAAAAAAUCGAACCCAAAGAGGGUGAACAAGCGAAACUGGAAGUUAAGGUUAUUGGUAAGCCCAAACCAAAAGUCAAAUGGCUGCGCGACGACGAAGAGAUAUUUGCUUCCGAGGAAUAUCAAAUCGAAAAUUUCGAAGAUGGCACAUCAGUGCUGGUCAUCAAUCAUGUAUAUCCAGAUGAUUUGGGCACAAUUAGUUUUGAAGCCUACAAUCCGUUGGGUGUGGCAGUGACGACGGCGCUUUUCGCAGUCGAAGGCAUCGUUGGAUCAAAGGAUUAUCGAAAGCCAGAAUGGGUAACUCAUAUGGAAGAAAUGCAAAUCGCACUAAAAGAAACAACUGCCACAAAAGUGGAAGAACAAUUCAUUCAGCAAAAAGAACAAGAACUCCAAGUACAAGCUGAGAAAAUUGUGCAUAAGAAAACCAAAUCUAAAAAGCAUAAAAAACAUACAGAAACAACACAUCAACGAGAAAUCGUCGAUGACAUUUUGGCAAUUGAAACAUCCACAGAAGAACUAAAAACAGAAACUUUACAACAAAUUGAAACAAAUCAAUACGAAACACUGUCCACGCAGAACCUACCAAAAGAUAUAGUUGAAAUCACAGCUAUUGCAGAAACUGUAGAACUUUCCACCCCGAAACCAGUGCCAGCCCGAGUACACAAAGAUUUAACCCCGCAGAAAAUAGUUGCUAUCGAAGAGGAGCAUUUAACGCUUGAUGAUAUAACCAGUCAUUCCGAAAAGUUCAUACCAACCAAUGAAAGAACAACCGAAAAUAUAGUGGUCCAAGAACGACAUGCUCCCCAUGUAUUUGAGACUGAGACUAAAGAACCUUCUGAUAAACUAAGACCCACUAAGCUACCAAAGACUGUAACAGCCGAUAUGAAGAUAAGUGAAUCUCAUUCGUUAUCCGUUGAAGUGCCCAGCGCAGAGAGUACAACUGAGAAACUGAAGCCAUUCGAAAUUCCAGUACAGCAUACCCAAGGAGAACUUUUACUUUCGCAUGAGCUCAACGAAGAGGAGCCAUCAGUUUUGCAAACCGUCGAGAAGUUGAAAGACACGAGGAUGGAGAUUGGUACUGAAAUGGCACAAACUCAUUUUGUACAACAACAGGGUUUGAUGGUAACUGAAGCCAUUAGCCAUGAACAUAUGGGUGAAGAAUUGCAACCACUAAGACCCCGUGGUCAGCAAAUAAGUCCAAAUAUAUUACCAAGUGAAAGCAGCGUUGAUGUUGUUGAAUACCAGGCGCAUGAUUCAUUGAAAGAUCUUAUACUAGACGCGAAAAUUUCCCCAGAGAGUUCAGUAGCUAAUGUAGUUCAGUUUAAGUCUAUUACAACGACUUCAUCUGAAGCUAUGGAAAGCGUAAUUGACAUAGAGACCCAAAUUACGCCUACGAGAGGUGUCGCUGAUGUUACGAUGAGGCUCGAGGAAGUCCCACUUUCCGUGGAGGAAACGGAAACAUUUGAAUCUGCUCCGAAUGAAAAGACGUUUGCCACUCGGCAUUUUGAAUUGCAAGCCACGAAAAAUUUGGUAAUUACCGAAGGUAUUAUAAAUACAUCAGCUAAUUUGCAAAGUCCAAUUGAAGAAGACGUGCCGACAUUUUCGAUUGAUGCCAAAGAUGCAGAAAUGACUAUCGAGACGCAGUCCCACAUCAUUGCAUUUGAAACUGUUUCUACAGAAGAUGGUCCGAAAGAAAUUAUUUCUCCAGAUGAUGUACCUGCAUUUGAAGCGACAUUAAGCAGAACUCAACCACUUACUGUCGGCGAGACUCAAGAACAACAUUUAGGCGAAUUUGCCGAGGAAUUGAAAAAGCCCACUUUAGAGUUGUCCAAGCCUGCGAAGAGCACGUUUACUAAAUCCCGUGGGAUAGCGGAUAGAACGGAAGAGUCUAUAUAUGAGUCAGUUGACAGAAUUGAAACUGCAUUGCCAAGCAGUGUUCAAGGAAAAGCCAACAUAACAGACGGUGAAUCGGCAGCCGAAGUACAAGCAUUGGACAUCAUUGAGGCAGAGCAGCAGCUUAUACUGGAAAAACCAGCAUUUGGAGAGGUAGAGCAGAGUUACGUGCAGCAGAAAGCCAUUGAAAUCAAGCAAGAAACGGCAAUUGAAAAGGAAGAUGUUCUGCCUUUAGCCCUCCGAAAGCCCGAUCAACUUGCUGCAAAGGUGAUAGUUCCAGCGGAACUAAAAGUAUCCAGUACUCUAGAAGUACAUCCAGAAGAAGCACCCGAAGACAUUUGUACCGAUAGUAAUUUGCAAGUCUCAGCCAAUACAGCAUUUGAAACUAAACCUAUUGUGGUAUCAAGUGAAACAGAUUUGCUGGAAACUAGUGCUUUCUUAGAGCCACAACAAGAACCUGAUCUCAGAGCUGGUAGAGUACGUAUAGAUACAAACGCGCAGCCUUUGGAAGUACUACAAGUACAUUUCACUGAAACAAGCACAGAGCUAAAUGAAAAAAGACAACAAUUACCUUAUUCCAAUGCAAUUACCACAACCGAGGCUUUCAAACAUACUGAAGGCAUAGAACAAAUGCUAUUGGACUCAACAAAAGAACAUCUAGUGGAAAGCCGACCUAAUGUGGCUUCAGCAGAGAUCAGCAUAUCCGCUCAAUUCGGAGCUGACAUAAGUGAACAGGCUUUUCUGGAGACAGUGCAGCAGCAAAAAUCGGAAAAGAGUCCAUUGCAAACACAAGCUUCACAAGGUCAACCGGAAUUGUUACAACCGCUGGAGGUUAGGUCUUGUCUUUAUCUGGAACAAGAAUCUACCCUACAUCAAGAACCUCAAACUGUUAUGGAGAAUGCUGCUCUGGGAAUAACCAGUGCUUUUCAAGUUGCCAAUGCAGUUAGCCCUCAACACAUGGAAUCAUUACAAGACUUUGAUGAGAAAAUGCAAUCCCAACAGAAAGCUCAUGUUGAUAUUGGGGAAAUAAGAAUAGCUGAGUGUGAAAGCACUUUCCCGUUAGAUGCGCUAGAAGACUAUUCAACGCCAAUAUAUAAAACAUCCACAGUUAGUAAUGUCGAUAUAACUAAAAAUCAAUCAACUUUACAAACAUCAACAACUAUUGUAAGUGAAAACACUGAAGAAUUAUCUGAUUAUACUAUUCCUAGGGUGGAAUGUAUUGACGAAAGCUUAUCGGAGCUUUCACAAAAAACUCCAGUUGUGGAACAAGUUAGGGUGUUGGAUAAUGUUGCGGACUUAAGCAGCUACUCUCCCAAAACAGAGACGAGUCAAUCAACUAUUGUCGAUGCGUUUCAUGAGAUUAAGGUUGGACAAACUGAAACAUUUGAUAAGGAAGAUGCACUUAAUCAAGAAACUCAGCCAGUGGAGCAAAGAACGAAAAUGUCUCUCGAUGCUUCAAUUGGUGUUGCGUUAAGUGAGCAAGAGAAUCCUUUGGAAUCUGAGGAAAGCUUAAAUAUAUUACCCACUCACAUGCAGAAAGCUAUAUCAGCAACGCCUGAAUCGUUAAAGGUGCCAAUAACGGAAGAGGUUCAAGAAAAUCAGUCAAUAGAAAGGUUGGAAAACUACCCCAUUUCAAAUCAAUUUGCAGAACCAAACUUUGAAAUUUCUAAUGAAACCAUAUCCACAAAAGCAAUGGUAUACGAUAAUAUUUCAAAGCCAGUGGAGUUUAUGCAACCAGAGACAUUUAAAUCGAAAUCAUCAUUGAUUUCACAUGAGCAUAGUACUUUUGGAACAGAAUGUUUUGUAAUUGAUGAAGUGGAUAAUUUCGAUAAUAAGCCACAUAAUGUGGGUAAGACAGCAACAGCACUAUUGGAUAAUUAUAGUCAGUCAGCAGUAGCAGAGAGUCAAAGGUUAUUGGAAUCAGAAACAGCAUUUGGAACUGAAGACAUCGAAUUGAUUAAUGCUAAAGUAACUGAUAUUGUACCCGUUCGUCAUACUAAGGACGUAGACGAACAUACCGUUUUCGAAUCAACAGAUGAUAUGGCUAGAUUUGGUGCGUUCAGUACAUUACACGCAGGAAUAGUUCAUGAACUGGCACAUGAACAUGUUACAGACUUACAGCAAGCAAUGGAAGGCGCUACAACUCUAAAUGUUAAAAUGAAUUCCUCAGCAGUCGCUACUGAAAACUCAAUGCCGUCUAAGCUAAGCUUGCCAUUGAGUUCUGAAGUAGUAACAACGGAAAGCACUGAGAAACUUGUGCCUGUUUUCGCAAGUGAAGAUGUCGCUCAACACACUUUUUCAGAACAACAACAGGAAGUCAUAGUUUCGCAAAUAGAUUGCAUCGAGCUAUCCGAGUCCUUCCCAGCUGCCGACAUAUUAUCUGCAAAAGCAGCAACGACUAUGGGGGAACUGUUUAAGACUUCACCAGAACUAUCAGAGCCGAAAAUUUAUCAAAAGGAAUCAAAUAUUGAGAUAAAAGAGCCUUUGGAAAGGAAAGCAAAGGCCAUUCUGGAUGAUGUUCGGCAAGGCCCUACUAUUUCUAAUAUCGUAUCAUUUGAAACAACUGAGAAAAUUGAACAUGCAGCAUUGCGCGAUCAUGCCAAUGUAGACAACAUUAUUUAUUGCACUGAUGCUAAUAAAGUACAGGUCAAUGCAGCUGAUAUAGUCAUGCAAAGUGAACAGAAUUUCAGUGAGAGGCUACACGGUCAAAAUGCAAAAGUAUUUAUUGAAGGUACAGCACAUGAGACGUCAACUGCUGAAGUCGUAGCGUUGGAAAAUGUUGGAAUCAUCGAAGCUCCUAUGCAACAUAAACUGUUACAAGCUCAAAGAACUUCGAGUGACAUUUUAACUAAAACUCACAUAACAGAAACUCAGCUUCUCUUGGAAAGGGAAAGUGAAAAAGAUAUUGAGAAUGCAAAGCUGGAACAUGCCAGAAGCACAACAGAUGAAAUCAAUAUCCACAAAACUAUAUCCCAAAUAAGUCCAUAUGAAAUAGUAAGCGAACUGACACAAAAAGAUACAGAGGAGCAUGUUGUCAAAGUUCUUAUCGAUAAAGAUACAAGCGUUAGCCAGUUGAUAUCCAUACAGGAAAGUCUUAUAAAAGAAACUGAUUUGACUCCAUUAACUUCAAAAGUGGAAAAAGCACAAGUUGCAAAUACUGAACAAAUGCCUCUACAAACAGAAGAAAUUUUUGGACUAAGCUCAAUAGAAGAAACUUAUAAUUUGAAAAAAGAAAAUGCUCAACUCAAGUUUCAGUCUGAGAAUGAAGCGACAAAUGUAAUUGAACAGUACACAUUUGAGCCAUCUUUGAAACUUUCUGAUCUAAAAAUGGACCAUAUGGAGUGUGGUCCUGGUUUAAUAAAAUAUGUUACUCAGCCCCUAGAAACAUCAACAAUAAACAUAUACGAAAGCGUUAGCAACCAAGAUGAAUUAGGACCUGCGGUAAAUGAAAAAUCGGUUGAAUCUACUGUGCUGUUGGACUUAAAUGUUUCGGUGGUACAAGAAUUAUCUGCUUUAUCGGCAAUAAAUAGUUUUGUAAGGCCAGAAACUAAGGAGGAAACUGCGCAACAAAUAACCAUUUCUAAAGAAGUGACAAAUGAAAAUAUUAAAAAGGAAUUUAUGCCCACCAACCUAAACGAAGACAUAAAACACGAAAUACCGUCCAUCACUACACAGAGUACGUACCAUAAUGAAAGAGUAAUGAUUGAAAAACAACUGAGAAUUGCAGCAAAACGGGGGAAAAUAAAAAAGAAUUUUGUUUUCGAUGUUAUAUAUAUAAAAUUUAGAUACUUCAACAGAAAAAAAAAGCAUGACUUGGACAAAACGGAAACACCAGAAGAAAAAGAAAAAUUGGAAGAUGAUAAAACAAAUAAAACCAAACUGCGAACCCGGGUUAAAAAACGCAAGGAUGAACCACAAGAGCUACCAGAAGUAGUACAGGAAUUGCCUGAAGAAGUUCGUGUUGUCGAAACUGUAUCUGAAGAUGGAACACCAAAGAAAAAGAAGAUCCGCACACGUGUCAUUAAGAAGGUCAAGGGUGACAAACAAGAGGUUACGAAGAUCGAAACUGUGGAGGAGGAUGACAAGCCCACUGAAACAGUAGUCACAGUGGAAGAGGGUCCAGUUGAAGAAGAAACACCAGAAGAAGUCAAAGAACUGCCUGAAGAAGUUCGUGUUGUCGAAACUGUAUCUGAAGAUGGAACUCCCAAGAAAAAGAAGAUCCGCACACGUGUCAUUAAGAAGGUCAAGGGUGACAAACAAGAGGUUACCAAGAUCGAAACUGUGGAGGAGGAUGACAAGCCAACUGAAACAGUAGUCACAGUGGAAGAGGGUCCAGUUGAAGAAGAACAACCAGAAGAAGUUAAGGAACUUCCCGAAGAAGUUCGUGUUGUCGAAACUGUAUCUGAAGAUGGAACUCCUAAGAAGAAGAAGAUCCGCACACGUGUCAUUAAGAAGGUCAAGGGUGACAAACAAGAGGUUACCAAGAUCGAAACUGUGGAGGAGGAUGACAAGCCAACUGAAACAGUAGUCACAGUGGAAGAGGGUCCAGUUGAAGAAGAACAAGCAGAAGAAGUUAAGGAGCUUCCUGAAGAAGUUCGUGUUGUCGAAACUAUUUCUGAAGAUGGAAAGCCCAAGAAGAAGAAGAUCCGCACGCGUGUCAUUAAAAAGGUCAAGGGUGACAAACAAGAGGUUACCAAGAUCGAAACUGUGGAAGAGGAUGACAAGCCAACUGAAACAGUAGUCACAGUGGAAGAGGGUCCAGUUGAAGAAGAAAAACCAGAAGAAGUUAAGGAGCUUCCUGAAGAAGUUCGUGUGGUCGAAACUGUAUCUGAAGAUGGAAAGCCCAAGAAGAAGAAGAUCCGCACACGUGUCAUUAAGAAGGUCAAGGGUGACAAACAAGAGGUUACCAAGAUCGAAACUGUGGAAGAGGAUGACAAGCCAACUGAAACAGUAGUCACAGUGGAAGAGGGUCCAGUUGAAGAAGAAAAACCAGAAGAAGUUAAGGAGCUUCCUGAAGAAGUUCGUGUGGUCGAAACUGUAUCUGAAGAUGGAAAGCCCAAGAAGAAGAAGAUCCGCACACGUGUCAUUAAGAAGGUCAAGGGUGACAAACAAGAGGUUACCAAGAUCGAAACUGUGGAAGAGGAUGAUAAGCCAACUGAAACAGUGGUCACAGUGGAAGAGGGUUCAGUUGAAGAAGAACAACCAGAAAAAGUUAAAGAACUGCCCGAAGAAGUUCGUGUUGUCGAAACUGUAUCUGAAGAUGGAAAGCCCAAGAAAAAGAAGAUCCGCACGCGUGUCAUUAAAAAGGUCAAGGGUGACAAACAAGAGGUUACCAAGAUCGAAACAGUGGAAGAGGAUGACAAGCCAACUGAAACAGUAGUCACAGUGGAAGAGGGUCCAAUUGAAGAAGAAAAACCAGAAGAAGUUAAGGAGCUUCCUGAAGAAGUUCGUGUUGUCGAAACUAUUUCUGAAGAUGGAAAGCCCAAGAAAAAGAAGAUCCGCACACGUGUCAUUAAGAAGGUCAAGGGUGACAAACAAGAGGUUACCAAGAUCGAAACUGUGGAAGAGGAUGACAAACCAACUGAAACAGUAGUCACAGUGGAAGAGGGUCCAGUUGAAGAAGAACAAUUAGAAGAAGUUAAGGAACUGCCCGAAGAAGUUCGUGUUGUCGAAACUGUAUCUGAAGAUGGAAAGCCCAAGAAGAAGAAGAUCCGCACGCGUGUCAUUAAAAAGGUCAAGGGUGACAAACAAGAGGUUACCAAGAUCGAAACUGUGGAAGAGGAUGACAAGCCAACUGAAACAGUAGUCACAGUGGAAGAGGGUCCAGUUGAAGAAGAAAAACCAGAAGAAGUUAAGGAGCUUCCUGAAGAAGUUCGUGUUGUCGAAACUAUUUCUGAAGAUGGAAAGCCCAAGAACAAGAAGAUCCGCACGCGUGUCAUCAAAAAGAUCAAGGGUGACAAACAAGAGGUUACCAAGAUUGAAACUGUGGAAGAGGAUGACAAGCCAACUGAAACAGUAGUCACAGUGGAAGAGGGUCCAGUUGAAGAAGAACAACCAGAAGAAGUUAAAGAACUGCCCGAAGAAGUUCGUGUUGUCGAAACUGUAUCUGAAGAUGGAAAGCCCAAGAAAAAGAAAAUCCGCACACGUGUCAUUAAGAAGGUCAAGGGUGACAAACAAGAGGUUACGAAGAUCGAAACUGUGGAGCAGGAUGACAAACCAACUGAAACAGUAGUCACAGUGGAAGAGGGUCCAGUUGAAGAAGAACAACCAGAAGAAGUUAAGGAACUGCCCGAAGAAGUUCGUGUUGUCGAAACUGUAUCUGAAGAUGGAAAGCCCAAGAAGAAGAAGAUCCGCACACGUGUCAUUAAGAAGGUCAAGGGUGACAAACAAGAGGUUACCAAGAUCGAAACUGUGGAAGAGGAUGACAAGCCAGCUGAAACAGUAGUCACAGUGGAAGAGGGUCCAGUUGAAGAAGAAGAACCAGAAGAAGUUAAAGAACUUCCAGAAGAAGUUCGUGUUGUCGAAACUAUUUCUGAAGAUGGAAAGCCCAAGAAGAAGAAGAUCCGCACGCGUGUCAUUAAAAAGGUCAAGGGUGACAAACAAGAGGUUACCAAGAUCGAAACUGUGGAAGAGGAUGACAAGCCAACUGAAACAGUAGUCACAGUGGAAGAGGGUCCAGUUGAAGAAGAAAAACCAGAAGAAGUUAAGGAGCUUCCUGAAGAAGUUCGUGUGGUCGAAACUGUAUCUGAAGAUGGAACUCCCAAGAAGAAGAAGAUCCGCACACGUGUCAUUAAGAAGGUCAAGGGUGACAAACAAGAGGUUACCAAGAUCGAAACUGUGGAAGAGGAUGACAAGCCAGCUGAAACAGUAGUCACAGUGGAAGAGGGUCCAGUUGAAGAAGAACAACCAGAAGAAGUUAAAGAACUUCCAGAAGAAGUUCGUGUUGUCGAAACUAUUUCUGAAGAUGGAAAGCCCAAGAAGAAGAAGAUCCGCACGCGUGUCAUUAAAAAGGUCAAGGGUGACAAACAAGAGGUUACCAAGAUCGAAACUGUGGAAGAGGAUGACAAGCCAACUGAAACAGUAGUCACAGUGGAAGAGGGUCCAGUUGAAGAAGAAAAACCAGAAGAAGUUAAGGAGCUUCCUGAAGAAGUUCGUGUUGUCGAAACUAUUUCUCAAGAUGGAAAGCCCAAGAAAAAGAAGAUCCGCACGCGUGUCAUCAAAAAGGUCAAGGGUGACAAACAAGAGGUUACCAAGAUCGAAACUGUGGAAGAGGAUGACAAGCCAACUGAAACAGUAGUCACAGUGGAAGAGGGUCCAGUUGAAGAGGAACAACCAGAAGAAGUUAAAGAACUGCCCGAAGAAGUUCGUGUUGUCGAAACUGUAUCUGAAGAUGGAAAGCCCAAGAAGAAGAAGAUCCGCACGCGUGUCAUUAAGAAGGUCAAGGGUGGCAAACAAGAGGUUACCAAGAUUGAAACUGUGGAAGAGGAUGACAAGCCAACUGAAACAGUAGUCACAGUGGAAGAGGGUCCAGUUGAAGAGGAACAACCAGAAGAAGUUAAAGAACUGCCCGAAGAAGUUCGUGUUGUCGAAACUGUAUCUGAAGAUGGAAAGCCCAAGAAAAAGAAGAUCCGCACGCGUGUCAUCAAAAAGGUCAAGGGUGACAAACAAGAGGUUACCAAGAUCGAAACUGUGGAGGAGGAUGAUAAGCCAACUGAAACAGUAGUCACAGUGGAAGAAGGUCCAGUUGAAGAAGAACAACCAGAAGAAGUUAAAGAACUGCCCGAAGAAGUUCGUGUUGUCGAAACUGUAUCUGAAGAUGGUAAGCCCAAGAAGAAGAAGAUCCGCACACGUGUCAUUAAAAAGGUUAAGGGUGACAAACAAGAGGUUACCAAGAUCGAAACUGUGGAAGAGGAUGACAAGCCAACUGAAACAGUAGUCACAGUAGAAGAGGGUCCAGUCGAAGAAGAAAAACCAGAAGAAGUUAAGGAGCUUCCUGAAGAAGUUCGUGUUGUCGAAACUGUAUCUGAAGAUGGAUUGCCCAAGAAAAAGAAGAUCCGCACGCGUGUCAUUAAGAAGGUCAAGGGUGACAAACAAGAGGUUACCAAAAUCGAAACUGUGGAGGAGGAUGAUAAGCCAACUGAAACAGUAGUCACAGUGGAAGAAGGUCCAGUUGAAGAAGAACAAUUAGAAGAAGUUAAGGAACUGCCCGAAGAAGUUCGUGUUGUCGAAACUGUAUCUGAAGAUGGAAAGCCCAAGAAGAAGAAGAUCCGCACGCGUGUCAUUAAAAAGGUCAAGGGUGACAAACAAGAGGUUACCAAGAUCGAAACUGUGGAAGAGGAUGACAAGCCAACUGAAACAGUAGUCACAGUGGAAGAGGGUCCAGUUGAAGAGGAGCAACCAGAAGAAGUUAAAGAACUGCCCGAAGAAGUUCGUGUUGUCGAAACUGUAUCUGAAGAUGGAAAGCCCAAGAAGAAGAAGAUCCGCACGCGUGUCAUUAAGAAGGUCAAGGGUGACAAACAAGAGGUUACCAAGAUUGAAACUGUGGAAGAGGAUGACAAGCCAACUGAAACAGUAGUCACAGUGGAAGAGGGUCCAGUUGAAGAAGAACAACCAGAAGAAGUUAAAGAACUGCCCGAAGAAGUUCGUGUUGUCGAAACUGUAUCUGAAGAUGGUAAGCCCAAGAAGAAGAAGAUCCGCACACGUGUCAUUAAAAAGGUUAAGGGUGACAAACAAGAGGUUACCAAGAUCGAAACUGUGGAAGAGGAUGACAAGCCAACUGAAACAGUAGUCACAGUAGAAGAGGGUCCAGUCGAAGAAGAAAAACCAGAAGAAGUUAAGGAGCUUCCUGAAGAAGUUCGUGUUGUCGAAACUGUAUCUGAAGAUGGAAAGCCCAAGAAAAAGAAGAUCCGCAAGCGUGUCAUUAAGAAGGUCAAGGGUGACAAACAAGAGGUUACCAAAAUCGAAACUGUGGAGGAGGAUGACAAGCCAACUGAAACAGUAGUCACAGUGGAAGAGGGUCCAGUUGAAGAAGAACAACCAGAAGAAGUUAAAGAACUGCCCGAAGAAGUUCGUGUUGUCGAAACUGUAUCUGAAGAUGGAAAGCCCAAGAAAAAGAAGAUCCGCACACGUGUCAUCAAAAAGGUCAAGGGUGACAAACAAGAGGUUACCAAGAUCGAAACUGUGGAAGAGGAUGACAAGCCAACUGAAACAGUAGUCACAGUGGAAGAGGGUCCAGUUGAAGAGGAACAACCAGAAGAAGUUAAAGAACUGCCCGAAGAAGUUCGUGUUGUCGAAACUGUAUCUGAAGAUGGAAAGCCCAAGAAGAAGAAGAUCCGCACGCGUGUCAUUAAGAAGGUCAAGGGUGACAAACAAGAGGUUACCAAGAUUGAAACUGUGGAAGAGGAUGACAAGCCAACUGAAACAGUAGUCACAGUGGAAGAGGGUCCAGUUGAAGAGGAACACCCAGAAGAAGUUAAGGAACUUCCCGAAGAAGUUCGUGUUGUCGAAACUGUAUCUGAAGAUGGAAAGCCCAAGAAGAAGAAGAUCCGCACGCGUGUCAUUAAGAAGGUCAAGGGUGACAAACAAGAGGUUACCAAGAUCGAAACUGUGGAAGAGGAUGACAAGCCAACUGAAACAGUAGUCACAGUAGAAGAGGGUCCAGUCGAAGAAGAAAAACCAGAAGAAGUUAAGGAGCUUCCUGAAGAAGUUCGUGUUGUCGAAACUGUAUCUGAAGAUGGAAAGCCCAAGAAAAAGAAGAUCCGCACACGUGUCAUUAAGAAGGUCAAGGGUGACAAACAAGAGGUUACCAAGAUUGAAACUGUGGAAGAGGAUGACAAGCCAACUGAAACAGUAGUCACAGUGGAAGAGGGUCCAGUUGAAGAGGAACAACCAGAAGAAGUUAAGGAACUACCCGAAGAAGUUUGUGUGGUCGAAACUGUAUCUGAAGAUGGAAAGCCCAAAAAGAAGAAGAUUCGCACACGUGUCAUUAAGAAGGUCAAGGGUGACAAACAAGAGGUUACCAAGAUCGAAACUGUGGAGGAGGAUGACAAGCCAGCUGAAACAGUAGUCACAGUGGAAGAGGGUCCAGUUGAAGAAGAAGAAGUUAAGGAACUGCCCGAAGAAGUUCGUGUGGUCGAAACUGUAUCUGAAGAUGGAAAGCCCAAGAAGAAGAAGAUCCGCACGCGUGUCAUUAAGAAGGUCAAGGGUGACAAACAAGAGGUUACCAAGAUUGAAACUGUGGAAGAGGAUGACAAGCCAACUGAAACAGUAGUCACAGUGGAAGAGGGUCCAGUUGAAGAGGAACAACCAGAAGAAGUUAAAGAACUGCCCGAAGAAGUUCGUGUUGUCGAAACUGUAUCUGAAGAUGGAAAGCCCAAGAAGAAGAAGAUCCGCACGCGUGUCAUUAAGAAGGUCAAGGGUGACAAACAAGAGGUUACCAAGAUCGAAACUGUGGAAGAGGAUGACAAGCCAACUGAAACAGUAGUCACAGUAGAAGAGGGUCCAGUCGAAGAAGAAAAACCAGAAGAAGUUAAGGAGCUUCCUGAAGAAGUUCGUGUUGUCGAAACUGUAUCUGAAGAUGGAAAGCCCAAGAAAAAGAAGAUCCGCACACGUGUCAUUAAGAAGGUCAAGGGUGACAAACAAGAGGUUACCAAGAUUGAAACUGUGGAAGAGGAUGACAAGCCAACUGAAACAGUAGUCACAGUGGAAGAGGGUCCAGUUGAAGAGGAACAACCAGAAGAAGUUAAGGAACUACCCGAAGAAGUUCGUGUGGUCGAAACUGUAUCUGAAGAUGGAAAGCCCAAAAAGAAGAAGAUUCGCACACGUGUCAUUAAGAAGGUCAAGGGUGACAAACAAGAGGUUACCAAGAUCGAAACUGUGGAGGAGGAUGACAAGCCAGCUGAAACAGUAGUCACAGUGGAAGAGGGUCCAGUUGAAGAAGAAGAAGAAGUUAAGGAACUGCCCGAAGAAGUUCGUGUGGUCGAAACUGUAUCUGAAGAUGGAAAGCCGAAAAAGAAGAAGAUUCGCACACGUGUCAUUAAGAAGGUCAAGGGUGACAAACAAGAGGUUACCAAGAUCGAAACUGUGGAGGAGGAUGACAAGCCAGCUGAAACAGUAGUCACAGUGGAAGAGGGUCCAGUUGAAGAAGAACAACCAGAAGAAGUUAAAGAACUGCCCGAAGAAGUUCGUGUUGUCGAAACUGUAUCUGAAGAUGGAACUCCUAAGAAAAAGAAGAUCAAGAGUGACAAACAAGAGGUUACCAAGAUCGAAACUGUGGAGGAGGAUGACAAGCCAACUGAAACAGUAGUCACAGUGGAAGAGGGUCCAGUUGAAGAAGAACAACCAGAAGAAGUUAAAGAACUGCCCGAAGAAGUUCGUGUUGUCGAAACUGUAUCUGACGAUGGAACUCCUAAGAAAAAGAAGAUCCGCACACGUGUCAUUAAGAAGGUCAAGGGUGGCAAACAAGAGGUUACCAAGAUCGAAACUGUGGAGGAGGAUGACAAGCCAGCUGAAACAGUAGUCACAGUGGAAGAGGGUCCAGUUGAAGAAGAACAACCAGAAGAAGUUAAAGAACUUCCCGAAGAAGUUCGUGUUGUCGAAACUGUAUCUGAAGAUGGAACUCCCAAGAAGAAGAAGAUCCGCACACGUGUCAUUAAGAAGGUCAAGGGUGACAAACAAGAGGUUACCAAGAUCGAAACUGUGGAAGAGGAUGAUAAGCCUACAGAAACAGUAGUCACAGUGGAAGAGGGUCCAGUUGAAGAAGAACAACCAGAAGAAGUUAAAGAACUGCCCGAAGAAGUUCGUGUUGUCGAAACUGUAUCUGAAGAUGGAACUCCCAAGAAGAAGAAGAUCCGCACACGUGUCAUUAAGAAGGUCAAGGGUGACAAACAAGAGGUUACCAAGAUCGAAACUGUGGAGGAGGAUGACAAGCCAACUGAAACAGUCGUCACAGUGGAAGAGGGUCCAGUUGAAGAAGAACAACCAGAAGAAGUUAAAGAACUUCCCGAAGAAGUUAAAGAACUUCCCGAAGAAGUUCGUGUGGUCGAAACUGUAUCUGAAGAUGGAACUCCCAAGAAAAAGAAGAUCCGCACGCGUGUCAUUAAAAAGGUCAAGGGUGACAAACAAGAGGUUACCAAGAUCGAAACUGUGGAGGAGAAUGACAAGCCAACUGAAACAGUAGUCACAGUGGAAGAGGGUCCAGUUGAAGAAGAACAACCAGAAGAAGUUAAAGAACUUCCCGAAGAAGUUCGUGUUGUCGAAACUGUAUCUGACGAUGGAACUCCCAAAAAGAAGAAGAUCCGCACACGUGUCAUUAAGAAGGUCAAGGGUGACAAACAAGAGGUUACCAAGAUCGAAACUGUGGAAGAGGAUGAUAAGCCUACUGAAACAGUAGUCACAGUGGAAGAGGGUCCAGUUGAAGAAGAACAACCAGAAGAAGUUAAGGAACUGCCCGAAGAAGUUCGUGUUGUCGAAACUGUAUCUGAAGAUGGAACCCCCAAGAAGAAGAAGAUCCGAACACGUGUCAUUAAGAAGGUCAAGGGUGACAAACAAGAGGUUACCAAGAUCGAAACUGUGGAGGAGGAUGACAAGCCAACUGAAACAGUAGUCACAGUGGAAGAGGGUCCAGUUGAAGAAGAACAACCAGAAGAAGUUAAAGAACUGCCCGAAGAAGUUCGUGUUGUCGAAACUGUAUCUGAAGAUGGAAAGCCCAAGAAAAAGAAGAUCCGCACACGUGUCAUUAAGAAGGUCAAGGGUGACAAACAAGAGGUUACCAAGAUCGAAACUGUGGAAGAGGAGGACAAGCCAGCUGAAACAGUAGUCACAAUGGAAGAGGGUCCAGUUGAAGAAGAACAACCAGAAGAAGUUAAAGAACUGCCCGAAGAAAUUCGUGUGGUCGAAACUGUAUCUGAAGAUGGAACUCCUAAGAAAAAGAAAAUCCGCACACGUGUAAUUAAGAAGGUCAAGGAUGACAAACAAGAGGUUACCAAGAUCGAAACUGUGGAGGAGGAUGACAAACCAGCUGAAACAGUAGUCACAGUGGAAGAGGGUCCACUUGAAGAAGAACAACCAGAAGAAGUUAAGGAACUUCCCGAAGAAGUUCGUGUUGUCGAAACUGUAUCUGAAGAUGGAACUCCCAAGAAGAAGAAGAUCCGCACACGUAUAAUUAAGAAGGUCAAGGGUGACAAACAAGAGGUUACCAAGAUCGAAACUGUGGAGGAAGAUGACAAGCCAGCUGAAACAGUAGUCACAGUGGAAGAGGGUCCAGUUGAAGAAGAACAACAAGAGGAAGUUAAGGAACUGCCCGAAGAAGUUCGUGUUGUCGAAACUGUAUCUGAAGAUGGAACUCCCAAGAAAAAGAAGAUCCGAACACGUGUAAUUAAGAAGGUCAAGGGUGACAAACAAGAGGUUACCAAGAUCGAAACUGUGGAGGAGGAUGAUAAGCCAACUGAAACAGUAGUCACAGUGGAAGAGGGUCCAGUUGAAGAAGAACAAUUAGAAGCAGUUAAGGAACUUCCCGAAGAAGUUCGUGUUGUCGAAACUGUAUCUGAAGAUGGAAAGCCCAUGAAGAAGAAGUUCCGCACACGAGUCAUUAAAAAGAUCAAGGGUGACAAACAAGAGGUUACCAAGAUCGAAACAGUGGAGGAGGAUGACAAGCCAACUGAAACAGUGGUCACAGUGGAAGAGGGUCCAGUUGAAGAGGAACAACCAGAAGAAGUAAAGGAACUGCCCGAAGAAGUUCGUGUUGUCGAAACUGUAUCUGAAGAUGGAACUCCCAAGAAAAAGAAGAUCCGAACACGUGUAAUUAAGAAGGUCAAGGGUGACAAACAAGAGGUUACCAAGAUCGAAACUGUAGAGGAGGAUGAUAAGCCAACUGAAACAGUAGUCACAGUGGAAGAGGGUCCAGUUGAAGAAGAACAAUUAGAAGCAGUUAAGGAACUUCCCGAAGAAGUUCGUGUUGUCGAAACUGUAUCUGAAGAUGGAACUCCUAAGAAAAAGAAGAUCCGCACACGUGUAAUUAAAAAGGUCAAGGGUGACAAACAAGAGGUUACCAAGAUCGAAACUGUGGAGGAAGAUGACAAGCCAACUGAAACAAUAGUCACAGUGGAAGAGGGUCCAGUUGAAGAAAAACAACCAGAAGAAGUUAAAGAACUUCCCGAAGAAGUUCGUGUUGUCGAAAUUGUAUCUGAAGAUGGAAUUCCCAAGAAGAAGAAGAUCCGCACACGUGUCAUUAAGAAGGUCAAGGGUGACAAACAAGAGGUUACCAAGAUCGAAACUGUGGAGGAGGAUGACAAGCCAACUGAAACAGUAGUCACAGUGGAAGAGGGUCCAGUUGAAGAAGAACAACCAGAAGAAGUUAAAGAACUGCCCGAAGAAGUUCGUGUUGUCGAAACUAUUUCUGAAGAUGGAAAGCCCAAGAAGAAGAAGAUCCGCACGCGUGUCAUUAAAAAGGUCAAGGGUGACAAACAAGAAGUUACCAAGAUCGAAACUGUGGAGGAGGAUGAUAAGCCAACUGAAACAGUAGUCACAGUGGAAGAGGGUCCAGUUGAAGAAGAACAAUUAGAAGCAGUUAAGGAACUUCCCGAAGAAGUUCGUGUUGUCGAAACUAUAUCUGAAGAUGGAAAGCCCAUGAAGAAAAAGAUCCGCACACGUGUAAUUAAGAAGGUCAAGGGUGACAAACAAGAGGUUACCAAGAUCGAAACUGUGGAGGAGGAUGACAAGCCAGCUGAAACAGUAGUCACAGUGGAAGAGGGUCCAGUUGAAGAAGAACACCCAGAAGAAGUUAAGGAACUUCCCGAAGAAGUUCGUGUUGUCGAAACUGUAUCUGAAGAUGGAACCCCCAAGAAGAAGAAGAUCCGCACACGUGUCAUUAAGAAGGUCAAGGGUGACAAACAAGAGGUUACCAAGAUCGAAACUGUGGAGGAGGACGACAAGCCAGCUGAAACAGUAGUCACAGUGGAAGAGGGUCCAGUUGAAGAAGAACAACCAGAAGAAGUUAAGGAACUGCCCGAAGAAGUUCGUGUGGUCGAAACUGUAUCUGAAGAUGGAACUCCUAAGAAAAAGAAGAUCCGCACACGUGUCAUUAAGAAGGUCAAGGGUGACAAACAAGAGGUUACCAAGAUCGAAACUGUGGAGGAGGAUGACAAGCCAACUGAAACAGUAGUCACAGUGGAAGAGGGUCCAGUUGAAGAAGAACACCCAGAAGAAGUUAAGGAACUUCCCGAAGAAGUUCGUGUUGUCGAAACUGUAUCUGAAGAUGGAACUCCUAAGAAGAAGAAGAUCCGCACACGUGUAAUUAAGAAGGUCAAGGGUGACAAACAAGAGGUUACCAAGAUCGAAACUGUGGAGGAGGACGACAAGCCAGCUGAAACAGUAGUCACAGUGGAAGAGGGUCCAGUUGAAGAAGAACAACCAGAAGAAGUUAAAGAACUGCCCGAAGAAGUUCGUGUGGUCGAAACUGUAUCUGAAGAUGGAAAGCCCAUGAAGAAGAAGAUCCGAACACGAGUCAUUAAAAAGAUCAAGGGUGACAAACAAGAGGUUACCAAGAUCGAAACUGUGGAGGAGGAUGACAAGCCAACUGAAACAGUCGUCACAGUGGAAGAGGGUCCAGUUGAAGAAGAACAACCAGAAGAAGUUAAAGAACUGCCCGAAGAAGUUCGUGUUGUCGAAACUGUAUCUGAAGAUGGAACUCCCAAGAAAAAGAAGAUCCGCACACGUGUCAUUAAGAAGGUCAAGGGUGACAAACAAGAGGUUACCAAGAUCGAAACUGUGGAGGAGGAUGAUAAGCCAACUGAAACAGUCGUCACAGUGGAAGAGGGUCCAGUUGAAGAAGAACAACCAGAAGAAGUUAAAGAACUUCCCGAAGAAGUUCGUGUGGUCGAAACUGUAUCUGAAGAUGGAACUCCCAAGAAAAAGAAGAUCCGCACACGUGUCAUUAAAAAGGUCAAGGGUGACAAACAAGAGGUUACCAAGAUCGAAACUGUGGAGGAGGAUGACAAGCCAACUGAAACAGUAGUCACAGUGGAAGAGGGUCCAGUUGAAGAAGAACAACCAGAAGAAGUUAAGGAACUGCCCGAAGAAGUUCGUGUUGUCGAAACUGUAUCUGAAGAUGGAACUCCCAAGAAGAAGAAGAUCCGCACACGUGUCAUUAAGAAGGUCAAGGGUGACAAACAAGAGGUUACCAAGAUCGAAACUGUGGAGGAGGAUGACAAGCCAACUGAAACAGUCGUCACAGUGGAAGAGGGUCCAGUUGAAGAAGAACAACCAGAAGAAGUUAAAGAACUUCCCGAAGAAGUUAAAGAACUUCCCGAAGAAGUUAAAGAACUUCCCGAAGAAGUUCGUGUGGUCGAAACUGUAUCUGAAGAUGGAACUCCCAAGAAAAAGAAGAUCCGCACGCGUGUCAUUAAAAAGGUCAAGGGUGACAAACAAGAGGUUACCAAGAUCGAAACUGUGGAAGAGGAUGACAAGCCAACUGAAACAGUAGUCACAGUGGAAGAGGGUCCAGUUGAAGAAGAACAACCAGAAGAAGUUAAAGAACUGCCCGAAGAAGUUCGUGUUGUCGAAACUGUAUCUGAAGAUGGAAAGCCCAAGAAAAAGAAGAUCCGCACGCGUGUCAUUAAAAAGGUCAAGGGUGACAAACAAGAGGUUACCAAGAUCGAAACUGUGGAAGAGGAUGACAAGCCAACUGAAACAGUAGUCACAGUGGAAGAGGGUCCAGUUGAAGAAGAAAAACCAGAAGAAGUUAAAGAACUGCCCGAAGAAGUUCGUGUUGUCGAAACUGUAUCUGAAGAUGGAACUCCUAAGAAAAAGAAGAUCCGCACACGUGUCAUUAAGAAGGUCAAGGGUGACAAACAAGAAGUUACCAAGAUCGAAACUGUGGAGGAGGAUGACAAAGAACCGGUUGUGACUGUGACUGUGGAUAAUUCCGAUAUUAAAAGCGCUUUCGGUAAAUUAAAGAAAAGGGUCAUUGUAAGGAAACCUGAGGAGGAUGAGUCUAUAGUGGAACUACCUGAACGAAAGUCUGUUAUAAUUUCUGAGAAAGAAGAUGGAACCCCGACAAAGACUGUAAUUAAAACUAAAAUAAUUAAAAAGGUUCGUGGACCGAAUAUGGAAGUUACUAAGGUUCAAACUGUUGAGGAAUAUGAAAAGGAACCAAUAACAACAGUUACAGUGGAGAAAUUUGAAGCACCUUUUCCAGAACUUCCUGAAGAGAAGGUUUCAGAAGUUGUGGUCUUGCCAGAUGAAAUUGUCGACAUAAAAACGAUUGAUUGUGAUGGAAAACAAAAACAAAGAACAACGAAGAAACGAAUUAUAAAGAAACCAAAGAACGAUGAGAAAGAGGAAGUAACAGAAAUUGAAAUAGUGGAAGAAGAUGAUACAGAACCAACUUAUUCCGUGACUGUUAAGGAGUUGCCCAUUACGACACAUGCAUUUACUGACACCCCUAAUACGAUUGAAUUGCCUGCUCAAAUAUCUGAACUUGAAGUUACAUCACCGGAUGGAAAAUCAAAGAAAAAGACUAUUAAAACUCGAUCAUUUAAGAAGAAUCUUGAUGAAAAACUUGAUGAAGUGACAACCGUUCACGUUAUAGAAGAGGAUGAUAAGGAGCCAUUAACCAGUGUGCAAUUCGAAAUAGUCCCAGUCGACGAACUGUCAACAACUCCAAUACCCAUCGAAGAGCUGCCUGAAGAAAUAACUUUCACCGAAGAAAUCGACGACAGCAAAAAACCUAGGAAAAAGACAACAAAAACCCGAACAUUUAAAAAGCAGGGUCCAAAAGAAGAUGAAUAUUAUCAAAUUCAAACUGUUGAGGAAGAAGGCAAAGAAUCAUAUUCGCUCAUACGAGUUGUUAGUGAUGAAAACAUAGCUGACAUUAUUGACAUUAGUAAGCUUGACGAUGAAAAUGUUUCCAAACACACACAAAAGCCACACAAACAGAAGGUGGAGAAACCAAAGAAAGAACACACUGAAACGGAACACCCAGUUUACAUUACAACAUUCAAAUCCGUACAAAAUGAAGACGGCGAGACAACCAUAGAGACUGAAAAUAAAAAAGUUUCUAAAGAGGAAGGACUCGUUAUUGAGGAAGUUCUCAGUGAUAAUGAUUCCAUUAAAGAAGACACUAUACAUUCAAACGUUGAAAUUGUUGAAGUCAACGAACCCACAGACCAAUACAACAAAGAGUACACAAUCAUUGAACCUGAUGAUGUGAGCGCGGACAAAAUACAGACAUCGGUUAAAGACAAAAAACACAAACGUAAAAAGACUCCAUCUGAACAGAUCGACGAUACGGUAAUUGAAUUAGAAAUAGAAGAAAGCGACGUUUUAGAAGCACCAAUAGACAAGAGUAUAAAAACACGUCAGCCUAAAAAAGCUGAUAAAAAAGAAUUGGUCGAGACAUUAGACAUAGACGACGUUGAGGAGAGCAGUACAGUUGAAAAGAAACCAACGGAGAAAAAAGAAAAGCCUAAGAAAAAGAAAGUCAUUAAGUCAAAGCACGAUGAAUUGGAUGAAUAUAUUCAAUUUUUAAUACACCAAGAAAUUCCAAAGACGGUUUUACAAGACUACAAGCGGUCAGACAUGCCCAUGCCACAAAAAGCCCGCCGCGAUUCCUCUAUAAAACCAAUCAAGCUAACUCCAAUGAAAAUUGAAAAAAUGGAAGCCAAGAAACCAAAGAUGGUGGAAAUUACGUCUGUUGUAGAGCAUCCGCAAAUUUUGAAAUUGAAAACGCCUAAGCAGCGACCGAAAGAGGAUAUAAAGAAAAAAGAAGAAGCUGCUUUUAAAAAUAAAAAACUAAAGAGUUGGAUCAAUUUCAUACCAUUUGCACCGUAUUGCUUCCCAUAUACAGUUACUGAGAUAACAACACAUCAAGGUAAUGGAGAGCUUUCACGCAACAUAGAAGAAGCUGAAGAGGUAUUGAAAAAGAAACCAAGGAAAUUUAAGCACAUUAAGAAAGAGAAAGGCGAUUUGGAAUCACCGGACCUAGAACCGUUUGACGAUGAAAAAAUCUUAUUACAGGAUGAGGAAAAACCGACGACUAAAUAUAAACGGGCUGAGAAAAAGCCAAAGGAAACUACCACAGAGAUCAAAAAAUUAAAAAUUGGCAAGGGUAAAGUUCCUGAAAGUGUUGAUGUAGUUGAAGAGGUACAGUUGAAGCCUGUUACAUUCAGUAGCGAAGAUGAAGGUGUAGAUGAUCAAGCAAUAGAACCAAAAUCAGAAAAAAGUGUUAAGAAAAAGAAAAUUAAAAAACCAAAAGUAGUUGAUUCAAAUAUUUCCUUUGAAUCAUUUGAACUCGAUGAUGUAGAAACCAAACCGGAAGAGCUAGAUGAUUUUAGUGUGGGGGAAGUACCUGAAGAGAAUUUACCUUCUGACAAGCCACGAUACAAAAGAAAGAAAAAAUUAGCUCCUUCACCAGAUACUAAUGAAUAUGAUAUAGUACCAGGAAAGCCCGCAGAGUCAGAUGAUUUACCAGAGGAUACCAUUAAUUUGAAAAAGAAACAAGGAGAUCUUCCUGAUGAAGAAGAUGAUAAAUUAAAAUUAAAACCGUUCCAUAAAUUUGAGUUAGUUGAACUUGAACCUGAAAUUAUUUAUGAAGAAAAACCUGAUGAAAGUGGCGUUCCUAAAAAAGAAGUGAAAAAGAAGAGAAAACUCAAACUUAAAACUCCAGUGGAAGAGAAUACAAUUGAUAUCUUAGAAGUUUCGGGAGAUGACGACGAAAACAAAGUCUACGAGGUAACAAUAAGUAGCUCUGAAAUUCCUGAAAAUAAUAAACCAAGUAAUAUUUUGAAGAAGAAAAAGAAAGUUAAAAUACUUAAAAAACAUGAAUUGGACGAAUUUAUUGCUGAUAUGCGGGAGCAACCGAAUGAGAAAUUCUAUGAAACAAGUAUUGAAGAUUUCUAUGAAGUUAAAUUAACUGAGCUGGAGCCAGAGAUAGUACAUUUGGAGAAAACCAAUGAUGAAGGUGAUUCUGUAGCUCAGAUAGUCAAAAAGCGUAAAAUACUACAUAAGAAGGGCCAUGCUGAAGAAGUCCUGGAGGUUAUUGAAACAGUUCCUUCUGAGGGCGAGGAGCCAUUGUAUGAAGUAACGAUUGUGUCUAGUGAAACAUUAGAAAAAGAAAACUUACCAAAUGCUCCUGAGAAACCCAAGAGGAAAUCUAAAAAAAUGAAAAAGGAUGAAUUAGACGACUAUAUACAAAAGCUUAUAAAUGCAGAGAUAACAAAAACAGAAUUAGAAAAAUACGAAAAAAUAGACGUUGAUGGUAAGCCAAAAAAACCAAAGAAGAAACAAACAAAACCUAAAAAAUCUUCUGUCGAUGAAGGCGAAUCUUUAGAAGUUGGAAUCACAGAACAUGAGCCAGAAAAGAAACCCAAGGUUAAAAAGCCCAAAUUAAAACCAAUUACUAAAGAGGACGAAGUAACUGAAACGGAGAACAUACCGGAACCCGAUGAGUUUUUAGUUAAAACAACUGAAGAAGAACCGGUUGUGAACAAAGUACAACCCAAGGAAGAUGAACAAAUCACACCCGAAUUGGAUGAAAUAAUUGCGGAUGUAAGUGAAAUAUUACCUUUACUUGUCGUGGAUGAUGUUACUGAAAAAUCUCCUGAGCUAGUCGAAGACAUUUUGACUAUAGAAAAAACAUUAAAGAAACAACGUAAGCUAAAAGCAAAAAGAGGAUCCAAGCAGUAUGAAAUUCAAAUAGUAGAAACUCAAAAGCCUAACAUGGAGGAGGAAGCAGAGGUAACAAUUAUAACAACGGACCUAAUAGAAGAUACAACUGAACCAGAAAAUAUUGUAAAAGCCGAUAAAGUGAAGAAAAUAGUAAAGAAAGUGAAAAAGGACAAACUCAAGGACUACAUUAUAAGCAUUGUUGAAGAAACGCCUAUUGAGUAUGAUUCUCAAUUAAUCGAAAGUUUAUCUCCAGUUCCUGUUGAAUACGUUUCAAAAGAUGACGAAAUCUUAUCAUUCAGAACUACAGUUAUUGACGAUAUUUCUGACAUAACUGUACAAGAUGAAAACGUUGUGGAGACUAUACCCACCUUGACAGAAGAUAAAAAGAAGAAACCUAUUAAACAGAAGAAAAUUAAAGUUGUUGAGCAUCAGCCAAUAGAGACGGAUGAAAAUUUAAAUAAAACGGAACCUUUAGAAGAAAAAGAAGUAGAAUUGGAAUCACCAGUUGCUGAAGAUUUUACCUUUAAAACCACCGAUGAGAUUCCUAAAAAGAAACAGAAGUCCAGUAAAAAGCGGAAGGAUGACACUAUUUCUACUCCCGUUUCAGAAUAUACAAUUCGCAUUGAAGAACUAGCACCAGAAACUAUAUCAGAAAAAGUAACUAACGAAAUAGGAGAGGAAGUGGAACGUGUUACGUCUAAGAGAAGAAUUAAGAAAAAAGAUGGAAACAAGGAGUACAUGAUCGAGGUUAUCGAGACAUAUGAGGAAAAUAAACCGGAUUCAGAAGUUGUAGUUAUCACUACAGAAGUUUCUCCGGAAAAUCAAAAACCUCUUGAAGAUUUUAAGCCAAAAGUUGUGAAAAAGAAAAAGCCGAAGACUGAAAACUUCGACAACUAUGUUCAUGAGUUGAUAGAACAGGACCUUCUACAGAUAACGCCUGCUGAAAAGGAACCAACUACAUUAGAUUCCAGUUCCGUUACUGACAAACCGAAAAGAUACAAAAAACACCAAAAGAAAACUACUGAGCUUGUUGAUGGGGUUCCAACCACCGUAUAUGAAUUCAGAGUACAAGAGUUCGAGCCAGAAGAAGAAGAGUAUGAACCAUUGCCUACUGAUGUUAUUAAUUCUGAGGAAAAACCUAAGCCGAAAACGAAAGAACGCAAAAAACCGAAGGUAGAUAAAACGGAAAUACCAGUCACUAUUGAAGACAUUGGAGAAGUUGUAGAAAUCACUGAACAGAUUGAGGAAAAUGGUAUACCAAAGCAGGUUCAAGUGAAAAAACGAAAGAUUGCUCGUAAGCAAGGACCAAAGGAACAAGUAUUUGAAGUAACUGAGAUAACUGAGUUAACAUCCGAUGAACCUUUUAGCGAAGUUACAAUAAGAGAAGUUUCGGAAGAACCUGAAAUAGAAGUCCCAGAACUUGUCAAAAAGAAAAAACCAAUAAGGAAGCCAACGAAGUUAAAAUCUGAAGAUGUAAAGAAUUAUAUAUUUAACAUAAUUGAAGAAUUUAAUGAGCCUACUACGUUUGAAGACGUAACUGAUAGGUUAGAAGAACCAUUGAAGGAAGAUGCAGAGGUGAUCGACGACUUUGUCACAGAUCUGAUUGAAGAUUCUGUUGAAAGAAAACCGAAAGACAAAAAGCCAGCGAAAACUAGCAAAAAGCAAAAGAAAGAAAAAAUUCGCAUAGAGGAGCUUGCACCUGAAACAAUUAUUGAGGAUGCAGUUAAUGAUCUUGGCGAAGAAGUUAAACAAGUUAAAACUACAAAGAAAUUGAGGAAGAAGGAAGGUCCCAGAGAAUAUAUAAUUCAAAUAACUGAAACAUAUAAAGAAAACGAACCCGAAGCAGAUAUAGAAUUCACAACAAUCGAAUUGCCGUCUGAAGAAGAUAAAAAGGACGACAUCGAACAACCAAUUAAAGUUGUGCAAAAGGUGAAAAAGAAGAAACCCGUUAAGGAUGAUCUGGACAAAUACAUACAAGAACUAAUUGAGCAAGAAAUAACAAAAGCUGAUCUCGAGCAAUAUGAACCAACCCUCUUCGAAGGUAAACCAAAGCAGCCAAAGAAAAAAGUUAAAACACAUCACAAGAAAACUGUUGAAAUAGUGGAUGACCUUCCUGUUACCAUACAUGAGUUUGAUGUUGAAGAAAUAGAGCCUGAAACAUCUGAUAAAGAAGAAGAACACGUUUUGUCGGAAGAAAUAAUGCCUCUUCAGCCAGAGGAACAUAACAAAUAUUUGGUAAACAUCACUGAUGAAGUUGUAGAAACUACUGAUUUAGUUGAACCUUCUUCUGAGGAACAGCCCAUCAAGAGAAAGAAACCGAAAAAAGAGAAAAAAUUGGAGGAACUACCUUCAACCUUGCAUGCAAUAUCAGAGAUUAUCGAAACUAUUCAAGAACCCACCCAAGAAGGCACUAUUGAAAAAACUGUAAAGAAACGUAAAGUCAUGCAUAAAAAAGGACCUCAAACAAAUAUAUUUGAGAUAACGGAAACAACAUCCGAGGACCAGCCAAUUGCAGAAAUUACAGUUGUUGAAAUAACAGACUAUCAACCAGAAACAUCUGAACAAUCUUCGCCAGAGAAAAAAAUAAAAAGGAUUAAAAAACCAAAAGAAAUUAAGAAGGACGACAUAGAACAGUAUGUAAUGAACGUAAUUGAAGAAUUUGUUGAACAUGCUGAUGUUGACGUCGUUGAAGAAAGCUCUAAUGUUAAGGAAGAAGAAAUCAAAAAGCCAUCUAAGCCUAAAAAACACAAAGUGGUAGUACAUGAGGACAACGAAUAUCAAGAGCCGGAAAGCGAAGACGUAGUCGAACCUAUUAAAGAAACGGAAACACUUUCAGGCGAGCCGAAAGAAAGUGAACAAUUUACUGUUGAUAUUAGAGAGGACACUGAAAAACCACAAAAGUCACCCAAAUCAAAAAAAUUGCCUAAAUCCAAAGUAUUGCAGAAACCUACGGAAGAUGAAAGUGAGGAAUUUUUGAUAAAGGUGUCAUCUUUAGAAGAAAUUCCAACAGAAGAGACAGACAUUGAAGCAGUUGUAGAUAUAGAGGAAGUUAGCCCUACUGAUGAUCUUGAAUUCAAAAUAGAAGAGAUUGAAACAAAAGAAGAAGAAAAAGACAUAAUAGACGAGAAGGGUGAAAAGGUAAAACAAACAGUAACUAAGCGUAAAAUCAAAAAGCAAAUUGGACCUAAAGAGGAAAUCAUAGAAAUUAUUGAAACUAAAACUGGUGACUCGCCAGAAUAUGAAAUUGUUGUGACCACUGAGGAAGCACCCAAAGUAGAUGAAGAAGUUCCAGAGAUUUCAAAACCAAAGAAAGUAAAGAAAACUAAAAAGGUACCAAAAGAUGACCUUCACGAUUAUAUUCAGAAACUAAUUGAACAGGAUAUACCAAAAACAGAGCUUGAAAAAUACGAAAAAAUCGACUUGGACGAACCAAUAAAAAUUAAAAAGAAGAAACCAGUAAAGAAAGUUCGCAUUUCUGAAGAUCAACCAGAUAGUACUCCAGAAGAAGAAAUUAUAGAAAAGCCGGAAGAGGAAACUCAACCUAUUGAUAGUGUGGUAGAUUCAGAAAAACCUUUAGUUGUUACAGUAAAGGACUUCUUGCCCUCUCCAAAACCAGAUGAGCAAUUUGUAAUAAGUGUGGUAGAAGAAACAAUUGAAACGAAGCAACUUCCGGAUGAUGAAGGCAUCAUUAAAGAAAAAGUAAUAAAAACUAAGAAAAUUAAGCAGAAAAAGGGUCCCGAAGAAAUCAUUCAUGAGAUUACUGAAGUAAUUGAUAAGGAUUCAAAUGAGUCUGAAGUCACUAUAGUAACUACUACUCCAACUGAAGAAACCAAUGAAGAACAAGUGCCAAUAAAACAAAAACGAACCAAAAAGAUCAAAAAGAAUGAAGUGGAAAGCUUUAUAAAAGAAGUUAUUGAAGAGCCUACUGCAGAUGUUCAAGAACAGCAUGACGUCGCUAUCGUGGAUAAAUCACCAAAAAGACAAAACAAGAGAAAACCAAAGACAUUAAAAAAGACCGAAGAAGAGGCUUCAGCUGAUCAGACUCCAGAAGAUUAUCAGGCAAUUGUAACCGAAAGUGAAACAGAAAAUGUACCAAUCGAAGAAGACGCCAUAACCAUCGAAACUGAAACACCAUUAGUGGAAGAUGAAGAGCAUAAAAUUGAAAUUGUUGAGAAAGUUAAAAAACCGAAAGAAAAGAAAAAACCAGAAAAGGAAAAAGUUAAGAUAUCCGAAAAUGAACCUCAGGAAAAUAUUCCUAGUGAAGAUAUGGAAGUAAAACAAACUGAAAGUGAUGUAUAUCAGCCCGACACUGAAGAGUUCACAGUUGAUCUUAACCAAGAAGAGCCUAAACCUAAAGUAGAAGUGAAAAAAUCUCCAAAGAAAGUCAAACAAAAACCAGAUCAAAUAACUGAGCCCACAUACGAAGUUUCUGUAGAAGAAACUGUCGUGCAACCUGAAGAGCCAAAGCCUUUUGAGAUUCAGGUUAUUGAAAGUGAAACUAAAGUGGAAGAAAGUAGAGAUGACACGGGAGAAGUCCAUAAACAAAUAACAACAAAACGUAAAAUAAAACGUCCCCAGGGUUCAUCUGAAAACAUUAUUGAAAUAAUUGAAGUAGUAAAGGAUGACCAGCCUGAUGCCGAAAUCACAAUUGUCGAGUAUGAACCUGAACCCACACAGCCCGAUGAAAAACCAAAAGAACCUAAAAAGAAAGUUAAAAAAGUUAAAAAGGAUGAUAUUCAUGACUAUAUUCAAAAACUGAUCGAUUUGGAAACCCCUAAAACGGAACUUGAAAAAUAUGAGAAAAUUGAGUUCGAGCCAACGCCUAAGGAUAAGCCUACAUCUAAAGUAAUUGACAUUUCAGAGGAAACACCUCUGGAAAAACCGAAAAAGAAAAAGGCUCCAAAGGAACAAGAAUCGCCAAAAGAAGAUGUUCAACAAGAAGAACCAGAAGCAAAAAUACAAGUAGUAGAAGAGUAUACGCAACCAGAAGUACCCAUUGGAGAAGUAGAAGUUGUAGAAGUAAAACCAGAGGAAGUUAUAAUUCAAGAAACAAUAUCUGAAGAAGGUAAGCCAGUUAAAGAAAAAACUACUAAGCGAGUUAUGAAAAAGAAGGGACCUAAGGAAGAAACUACUUUUGAAAUAACAAUGAUUGAAAGCGACGAUAAAGAUACAGUGACAGUUAUAUUAAGUGAAGAGCCAAUAACCACACCUAUCUCAACAAUUGAAACUCAGCCCAAAGAAGCUGAAGACACUAAACCAAAACCUGUUAAGCCAAAGAAAUCAACAAAGAAGGUUAAAAAGGAAGAUUUGGAUGAAUAUGUCAAAAAACUAAUAGAGGAAGAAAUACCAAAGGUUGAGCUUGAAAAGUACGAGAAAGUCGAUAUUCCUCAAAAACCAAAGGAAGAAGCCCCUGAAAUUUUACCAGAAGAACUUCCAAAGGACACACCGGAAUCAACAAGUAUUGACUCAACCAAGCCAAAGAAAAUAAAGAAAAUAAAAGAAAAGGUAGAAAAACCGGACGAACAACCACAAGACGAACCAACAGUGACUGAGACGGACAUUACUGAUACUAUCGAAUCUACACCAAUUGCACAAGUCGAGGACACAACCACUGCACAUAUUACACCAAGCGCACAAGAUGAUAAACCUACUCAAGAUGACACUAGAGAAACAGUUCAAAAAACAGUUAAACAUAAGAAAACAAAACCAGACACAGUUGAAACAAGUGAAGUACCAGAGGUUCACAAGGAUUAUCAUAUAAGCGUAAUUGAAGAACACCCCAUUGAAGAAGAAGAGCAGCCAGACAAAAUUUUAGAAGUGAAGGUGAUCGACGUAGAGCCCGAAAUCCAAGAGUCGCAGCCCAUUGUGGAAGAAAUUGAAGAAGAAGAUGAGAUAGCACCUGACCAGAUUGUAGAGGAUACAACAAAGCCGAAAAAGAAGAAGAAAAUAGUGAAAAAGAAGACUGAUGAGCAUGAUGAAAUUAUACAAAAAUUAUUGGCACAAGAAAUUGAAAAAACCGAGUUAGAAAAAUAUGAGAAACUUGAUUUUGAAAUACCCAAAAAGGUCAAGCCCGAGUUUGAAAACCUUGAGCCAAUAAAAAUUGUACGAAAAGAUCAAAAACCAACUAAAGUGACAAUUGUUGAGGCUGCGGAAGCACCUCAGGUGGUUAAACUAAAACCAUCGAAACGUAAGGAAAAACCGGUUGAAGAACAAAGUGGACAGCUACCCAAGUUUAAGCUGAAGGCUCGCAUGGUUAUGGUUGAAUAUCCUCCAGAACUUUUAGUACCUAAAGUUACUCAUAUAGGUGCUGUUAAAGAAAAUGGUGAACUCUCCCGUAAUAUAGAGGAAGCGGAGGAAAUUCUUAAGUUCAAGCCGCGCAAGGUAAAGAAAUUGAAGAAAAUUAAAGAUGACUUGGAGAAAGUGGAGCUUGAAAAGUAUGAGAAGUAUAUAAGCAGCGAAGAGGAGCCUGAGGAAAAAACACCAUACCAAAAGCCCGAAAAGAAGCCAAAACCAGAAGAUAAGCCUGAAGAAGCCAAAAUAAAGCUUGGAAAAGGUAAGAAAAAGCCAAAAGAAGAAGAGGAACCUGAAAAUGUGACACUUAAAAAGAUACCUGAAAAGCCCAAAUCAUCUGAAGAAGAUGUUGAUAAAUCACUAAAGCCAAAAGAAGUUGUUGUUAUCGAAGAAAAGCCCAAAGAGCCGAAAACACAAGAGAUAGACGUGGAACCAUUUGAACCAACUGAUUUCGAGCAUCCAGAAUAUCCACAAGAAGAGCUUGAGCCGUUAGAACACCCAACAAAACCGGAAAAACCAAAGAAGACUACUAAAACCAAAUAUAAGCCAAAAGAGAAAUCCAAGCCUGAUCAGGACACAAUAAUAUCAGAGAUUGUGCCCGGAGUUCCUAAAGAACAAGAGGAUGUACCUGAGAAAGAAGUUAAGUUCCGUAUACCUGAAAGUGAAGCUCCAGAAGAAACUGACUCUGAGGUUAAAUUGAAACCGUUCCAAAAACCUGAGCCGGAAAUAAUAUCUGAAGAUACAGCAGCCCAACCAGAGACAGAGGACUCUCAGCCGAAAGAACAAGUCACAAAGCCUGAAGACGAUAUACAAAAACCAAAGAAAACAAAGGCUAAGAAGAAGCAACCGAAAGAAGAAGAAGAGACUCCCGAAGAGCAACCAAGCAAGGAAUUUGAAGUUUCUAUCAGCGAAGAGCAGGUUAUACAAGAAAAGCCGCUUGAAGAAAAACCUAAAGAAGUUAAAGUGAAGCAAAAGAAACCAAAAGAACUCCCUGUGUCGCAAGUAGAAGUCGUUGAGGAAGUGCCACAGCCUGAACAAACUCCCGAAGAUAUUCCCGUUGAGUACAAGAUUACUACAACAGUUAUAGAGCCCGAAGAGGCACCUAAAGAGCAUCAAGUCAAAGUCAUUGAUUUUGAUGAAAGGGAAGUAACAACUGCGGAGGUUGUAGAAGAAAAAGUGGUUACCCGAAAGAAAAAACCAAAACCAGAGCCAGAGCCACAGGAAGAAUAUGAAGUUACUCUAAAACAACCGAGAGAGGAACAAGAUGAACCAGAGGAAGUCAAUGCAGAAAUUGUGUUACCUAGCGAAAAGCCAGAAGAAAAAGAACCUGAACAAUACGAGGUAGAAUUGAAGCUAACUGAGCCACAGAUAAGUGAAGUUGUUGGUGAAGAAAUUGUCGUAAAAGAGAAAACAAAGAAGAAACCCUCGAAAGAUAAGGUAAAACAAAUUGUUGUGGAAGAAGAAAAAGUGCAGCCACGUGAAGAAGUAGAGGAGAAGGUGGAACCAAAACCAGAAGAAAAAAUUGUGGAUCACAAAGCUUACGAAAUAAACAUUACAGAGACUGAAGCAGAAAAGGAACAACCUAUUGAAGUCAUCGAAGAGACUGCUGAGGUUACUAAAGAAGAACCUGUAGAAGAUAUAGUUCCUCAAUUCGAUUCUUAUGAAGUUAUCCUUACCGAAUCCGAAGCCGAAAAAGUACGUGAAGUAGAAAAGGAACAACCUGAGGAAUCACCUGAAGAAGUAGAAUUUAAACUUAAGCCCAAGGAAACUGAGUCAAUUGAAGUUAAGGUUACGAUGACUGAACCAAAAGAAAUUGAAGAAACUCAUGUAGAAGCCGAAAUUAAAAAGAAAAAGACGAAAAAACCAAAGAAAACAGAAGAAGCGGCUGAAGUGGAAGAUGAAGUAGUUGAGGAAACAAAGCCUGAAAUUGAAGAACAACAAGAAGAACAAAUAAAGGAAACACCAAAAGAACUUAAAAUUAAAGUAAUUGAGUCGGAAGCUCCUAUUGUUCCAGUUGAUGUAGUCGAAGAAAAGGAACCUGAAAUCGAAGAACACAAAGAAGAACCAAUAAAAGAAAUACCGAAAGAUUACACAGUGCGUGUUUCGGAAACCGAAGCCGAAGAAGACGUCCCAGACGAGGCCCAAUUUAAAUUGAAGAAACCCAAGCCUACUGAAAUAACUGCUGAAGAGCCAGAAGCUGAGUUUGUACUCAAAGAAAAACAGCCAACACAAGAAGUUUCUGAAGCCGCCAAAAUAAAGACCAAGAAGCCGAAAAAGAAAACUGUCGAUGUUCAGUCUGAGGAGCUAAAUAUACAAGUCGUUGAAGAAAUUCCUCAAGAAACUCCUCAAGAAAUUAUAGAAGAAAUUGUAGAGACUGUACCAGAGCUUAAGGAAGAUGUACCGGUGAUUGAAGAGAAGACUUAUAAAAUUGGGGUUAAAGAAACACAGCCAGAGGUACAACCUAAAGAAAUUGUAGAAGAAAUUGUGGAGACUGUACCAGAGAUUAAGGAAGAUGUACCGGUUAUUGAAGAGAAGACUUAUAAAAUUGGUGUUAAAGAAACACAGCCUGAGGUACAACCUGAAAAAAUCGAAGAAGAACAAGUUGAAAUACAACCAGUUGAGGAGAAGCCUAUUGUACAAGAAUUCGAAGAACUCAAAGUAAAAGUAAUUGAAGAAAUACCCCGUGAAGUCGUCGAGGAAGUUACUGAAGAGGAAGUUAAGAUUCAACGUAAGAAGAAGGUUAAGCCUCAAGUAAUUGAAGAGCCUGAAGCUGAGAUAACACUUCCUGUACAAAAACCUGUGGAUGAAGUUGAAGAGUCCCAUGACAUCAUUGUUAAGACCGAAAAGCCAACAGAAGAGCAGGCGGCCGACCUUAAGAUUACAAUUGUUGAAGAAGUGCCACAAGUUAAGGAAAUUAUUGAGGAAGUUGAAGAGAUCGAAGAAGUAAAAGAAACUAAAGUUGAGGCCAUACCAGAGGAGAAACCAGCCGACUUUAAGAUUACUCUAAAAGAAACUGAACCUGAAAAACCAACCAUCGAAGAGUUGCCAGAAGAACAAGUUACGCUUAAGGCUAAAAAGAAAGUUCCCGAACAAAAAGUGAUUGAUGAGCCGGAAGUGGAAUUCCAAGUUCAGACAAAACAACCAGUUGAAGAAGUUACGGCGGCAACUAAAAUUAAGAAGAAGUCGAAGAAACCCAUUGAAGAAGCAGCUGCAGAGCUAAAAGUGAAGGUGACUGAAGAAGUUCCAGCAGAAAAACCAGAAGUUCAAAUUAUCGAGGAAAUCGAAGAGAUUGAAAAACCGGUGGAACUAAUAGAGGAACCUGAUAAUGCAGCUACAUUCAAGUUAAAGAAACCAGAAUCUGUAGAUGAAGAAGAAGUUGUUGCUGAGGUUUCAUUGAAACCAAAGAAACCUAAAGUUGUGGAGGAAGAAGGGGAAUCUGUGGACAUCAAAUUGCCUAAAGAAUUAAAGGUAACCGAGGAGACUUCGAAUGAAACUGUACAACUAAAGAAAAAGAAGAAGCCACAGAAACCAGUGGAAGAAGCAGCUGACGAGUUGAAAUUACAACAAACGGUUGUGGAAGAAAAACCUGUAGAAAUUGAGGAAGAGGAAAUAUUGGAAGAAGCUGUUGUGAUACGCAGGAGACCGAAGAAACCAUUUGAGCCAACAGUUGAAGACUUAGAAGAAACCGAAUUUAGUCUUUCAUUAAAGAAACCACACACUAUAAACGAAGGCGUAGAAGAGGGGGCGACAAUCAUUAAAAAGCGUCCAGUAAGGCCAACAACUUUGGAUGAAGCUGAAGCAGAACUUUCCAUAAAGCGUCAAGAAGAAGAAUACGAGGAGGGCGAAGAUAUAGAAGAAUUUGUCAUAAGUAAGCGACCAAAAGCAAAACCAUUACAAGUAACUGAAGAAGAUGACCAAGAAUAUACAGUGAAGAAGCUCAAACGUCGGAAGAAGGUUGACAUUCCUGAAUUUUCUGAUGUUGAAAAUGUAACGUUCCGUCCCAAGACCACAAAGACUAAAGAGGAUGUAGAUCAAGAGUUCAACAUUGCUCUUGAUUCUUAUGCUGAGGAGGAGGUGUCGAUGUCAGGAAAGGUUAAAAUAAAGAAGCCAAUCAAAAAGACAUACUCUGAAGCUACUGAUGAGGCCAAGAUAAAAAUUAUACAGGAUUAUGAUGAUGGUGAAGGCCCAAUAAUUGAAGAAAUUCGGGACGACAGUAGCAUUGAAGAUACCAUGUACGAUGUUGAGGAGCCUGAGGAGUAUUUGGUUGAAGAAUUGCCGCCUGAUGAAGUUGAUUUCAAAUUGAAGCCUAAAAAACAACCAAAGCCCAGAUAUUCCAUACAAGAUGAGGAAGAGGAACAGUUCUUAAUUGGCUUGCGUCGUCCCAAGCGUGACUCAGUGACCUACGAUGAAGACUCUUUAACCUUUAAGAAGAAACGUAAAGUUGUGCAACAACUCUUCAAUGAAGAUGGAGCUUCACUUAACAUUACAAGGGAAAUGAAUGUUGAAGAAUCUGAUGUCGAUAAUAUUAUGUAUUCUAUCUGCAAUUAUAUUGCCGACAAUGAUGAGGCCAUUAACCUCGUGGAAGGUGAAAAAGUACAAGUUGUUGGACGUCACAGCUCGGAGUGGUGGUAUGUUAAAAAGACCAUAACAGAAGAGGAAGGUUGGGUUCCAGCCCAAUAUCUAAUGGAGCCAGCAGAAUACGCGCAAUACGUUCAGAAGAAGUUGCAUGAGAAAAUUGACAAGCUGCCUGUAUUUGAACGACCUGGACCUGAUGAGAAACCUUUGGCACCACGAUUCAUUGAAAAACUUCAGCCCAUUCACACGCCUGAUGGUUACACAGUACAAUUUGAAUGCAAAGUUGAAGGCGUGCCACGUCCACAAAUUGCUUGGUUCCGUGAAACAGCCAUCAUUAAGCCUUCGCAAGACUUCCAAAUGUUCUAUGACGAAGAUAAUGUCGCCACUUUAAUUAUUCGUGAAGUAUUCCCAGAAGAUGCUGGAAAAUUCACAUGCGUCGCCAAGAAUGCUGCUGGGUUUACCUCAACUACAACCGAGUUGAUUGUGGAGAGUCCGCUAUCCGACCACGGAUCGGAUGCGACGGCAUUGUCUCGCAAGAGCAUGUCUCGAGAAUCAUCAUUGGCUGAUAUACUGGAGGGUAUACCUCCGACCUUCUCACGAAAACCAAAGGCACAAUAUGUCGAUGAGAACACCAAUGUCAUAUUGGAGUGUCGUCUGGUGGCCGUUCCCGAACCCGAUAUUGUCUGGACAUUCAAUGGUGAAGACAUAGAUGAAGAGGAAAUCAAGAAUGUGCGCAUUGUGACCGAAUCUGAUAUGCAUAUGUACUGCAGUGUGGUUCAUAUAACGAAGGUGAAAAAGUCACAAGAAGGCACCUAUGAAGUAAUUGCGACAAAUCGGGAAGGUGAAGCACGUCUGCCAAUUACAUUGAAGGUGCGAACAAAUCAACAGGAAGCACCACAAAUACUAGAGCCGUUACGUAAUAUGGUUAUUCGUGAAGGUGAGAGUGUGGUACUUUCAACACAAAUUGUUGGAAAUCCACCUCCUAAGGUUACAUGGUACAAGGACGGCAAGCCAAUAAAGAAUGCAAAGACUGACAAGGAUUUGCACACCCUUACCUUAAUAACACCAAAGCGUAGUGAAAAGGGAGAGUACACAGUUAAGGCUGUCAACCCAUUGGGCAGUGUAGAAACCUCCGCCAACCUUACGAUUGAAGAACCCUCUAGUGGAAAUGCCGAGCCUCCAUUGUUUGUUGAACGAUUCGAAGAGCAAUCAGUACCACAGAAGGGAGAGAUACGUCUUCCAGCAAAGGUUUCCGGCAAUCCAGUUCCAGAAGUUCAGUGGCUUUUCAACAACAAUCCACUCUACCCAAGCGACCGUGUCCAACAAAUUUAUGAUGGUGAAAAUAUUGAGUUAAUAAUUAAAAAUGCUAAUCCAGAGACAGAUUCUGGUGACUAUAAAUGCAUUGCCAGUAAUCCUAUUGGCAAGACUUCGCACGGCGCCCGUGUGAUUGUUGAAGUCGAUGAAGUAACCUUUACAAAGAAAUUGAAGAAGACGAUUACCAUUGAAGAAGUACAAUCGCUAACACUGGAGUGUGAGACCUCACAUGUAGUUACCACAAAAUGGUUCUUCAAUGGCAAGGAACUGAGCGGCAUGGAUCAUCGCGUUGUUGUUGAGGAUGGAAAAACUCAUAAGUUGGUUAUUAGAAAUACAAACUUGCGCGAUACCGGUACCUAUGUAUGCAAGGUUAAGAACCAGGAAACUCAAUCAACCGUAGAAGUUCUGCAGCGCAAGCCGGACUUUAUUAAAGUACUAGAAGAUUACGAGGUGACUGAAAAGGAUACAGCUAUACUCGAUGUCGAGCUAACAACAGAAGCUGCUGAAGUAACCUGGUACAAGGAUGGUGAGAAAAUCACUCCAGAGAAAAAGAAUUGUGAAUUUAUCAAAGAUGGUAAAUCACGACGUUUGGUCAUACGCGACACCACCAUUCACGAUGAGGGUGAGUACACGUGUAAGGUGGAAGACCAGGUGUGCAGUGCGGAGCUGGUUGUCAUUGAGUUGCCACCAGAGAUUGUGAAGCCUUUGGACGAUACGUCGGUAACUAAGGGUGAGAACGCCACAUUUGAAAUAGAGCUAAGCAAGGGCGACGCUCUUGUCAAAUGGUUCAAGAACGGCAAGGAGUUGCAGUUUAAUGAGCGCGUACAGCUUAUCAUCGAUGGCAAAAAGCAAUCACUACGCAUAAAUAAAGCGAAACCAGACGAUGUGGCCGAAUAUUCCAUUCAAGUCGGUGAUCAAACAUCAAAGGCAAAAUUGACAGUUGAAGAGCCUUUGGUUGAGUUUGUCCUACGCUUACCAGACGUUACCAUUGCCACAAAGUCAACAGAUGCUGAGUUUACUGUAGAGCUGUCACAACCGGAUGUUGAUGUUACCUGGUACAAGAAGGGUAAGCCCAUCAAACCAAACAAAAAGCAUGAGGUGUUUGUAGAGGGCACUGUCAGACGCUUGGUUAUACAUGAUGCCACCGACGACGAUGUGGGUGAGGUCAGUUGUGUUGCCGAAAACGUCACUAGCAGCAGCAAGCUGUGCGUUGAAGAGCUUAAGCUGCCACCCGUAAUAACAUCUGAGAAGGAGCAAACAGUGAAAGUGAAGGAGAACGACGAUGCCACCUUCACUGUCCGGUACACAGGUGUGCCAACGCCAGAGGCCCAAUGGACAACGCGCAAUGUUGUAAUACCUAAGUCGAAGCGCACGAUUCCAGUCAUAGACGAGCAAUCCGCCACAUUAACCAUCAAAAAGGUUGUUGAUGAUGAUGAAGGUGAAUACACGGUCAAGCUUGUCAAUCCUGUGGGUGAGGCAGAGGCCAGUUUACAUUUGGUCAUUAUGCGUAAGCCCACGGCACCCGGCACGCCUCAACCCUUGGAGGUUAUGCACGAUUCAAUUACCUUAUACUGGAAGGCCCCAGAAGAUGAUGGCAAAUCUGAAAUUAUUGAGUACAUUUUGGAAUACCAUGAUGUAAAGGAAGAAAAAUGGACUGAGAUUCGUAAGAUCAAGGACACCACAUACACCGUCAGCAAACUAAAGAUCGAUACAGAAUACGUUUUUCGGGCAAUUGCUGUCAAUGAUAUUGGUCCCUCACCGCCUUCGCCAAUUUCCCCGCCAAUUCGCCUGGUACCAAAGGUAGAAACAGAAGCACCAAGCGUACGCGAGCCACUGCAGGAUGUUGCCUCUGAGCUAGACAAAGAGGUCACACUGUCCUGUGUAUUCGGAGGCAUUCCAGAACCAAAGGUCGUUUGGAAGAGAAAUGGCCAGAUCUUCGAAUCCAGCAGCUUGCGCUAUGAGAACCGUGUAGCCAAGUAUACUAUUGAAAAGACAACCAUUGAGACUGAGGCCACAUACACAUGUGUGGCUACCAAUGAGAAGGGUUCCGUUGAGACUUCCUGCAAGUUGACUUUACAACAGAAGCCACACAUUGAAAUUGAGGACAAAUACUUGUCGCAAAAAUUGCGUACUGGCGGCACUCUCACCAUUCCAGCAUUGGUCAAAGGCUAUCCCCAACCAACUGUGACCUGGCAUAAGGAGACAGUUGAACAAAAGUCGACGAAACAAAUCACAAUCGAGACUACGGAAACCACUUCAACGUACACUGUGACAAAACUCACUCGCGAACAUUCGGGACGGUACAAGAUCACAGCCACAAAUGAGUCAGGCAGCACAUAUGUGGAAUGCUCUGUUCAGGUAAUCGACAAGCCCAGUCGACCUCAAUCAUUGGAGAUCAAGGAUGUUAAGAAAGACUCAAUUACCUUGGAAUGGACACCGCCCAUCGAUGACGGUGGCAUGGACAUUAAACAGUACACACUAGAGAAGUGCGAUGUUCAGAAUAAUGUUUGGAUGAAGGUGUCCGAUUUCAAUAAGGACAUACACUCGUAUUCUGUUCAAAAGCUCUCUAUGAAUGCACAGUAUAUGUUCCGAGUUGUAGCCAUUAACCCAAUUGGUGAAUCGGAACCAACUGAGAGUGAGACUGUUACCAUAACAAAGAAGUUUGAUAAACCAACUCCACCACGUCCACCCACCGAAGUAUCCGGUAUGAAUGAUAGCUCCUUUACACUAGCUUGGGAGCCGUCAGAAAGCGACGGUGGUUCAAAGAUCAUUGAAUACAUCGUAGAGAUCAGGGAAGAGACUGAGACUGUAUAUCGCAGCGUGGGUACAACAACGGGCACUGUGACGAACAUACAUGUCGAAAAUGUUAUCCGCAACAAGGGCUAUCUAUUUAGAAUAUAUGCUAGAAAUGAGGUUGGUACGAGCGAGGCUUUCGAGACUACGGAGAAGAUUGUCGUCGGACGUAAAAUAACUCCGCCAUCGCCACCACAAAAUCUGAGAGCUCCCGAUAUUACGAGUCGUAGUGUCACACUCGAUUGGGAGGUGCCAGCACGAAAUGGUGGCUCAGAAAUCACAGGCUAUUGUGUGGAGAAACGUUCCUCGACAUCAACUACUUGGGCAAAGGUCAUUACUUUGGAUGCUCAUCAACUACAUUAUACCAUUGACAAUCUGAAGGAUAAAUGCGAGUACUGGUUCCGCGUCUCUGCUGAGAAUGAGGUUGGAUUAGGUGCACCAGCCGUAACUGAAAGCAUAUCGCUUAAGACACACGCAACCGUGCCAUCACCACCAACGGCACCACUGGAGGCCCGAGUCAUCGCUGCCAAUGCUCACGUAUUCGAAUGGGGUAUACCCGAGUCAGAUGGAGGUGCGCCUCUGCUCGGCUAUCACAUUGCCAUACGUGACAUGAAGAAGUCGAUGUGGAUCGAGGUUGGUCGUGUGCCUGCCGGCGUGCAGAAAUUCCAGAUCAGAGACUUGCAAGAGAAUCACGAGUACAUGAUACGCAUAUUCGCCAAGAAUGAAAUCGGGUUGAGUGAACCUUUGGAAUCGGAGGAGCCCUAUAAGAUUAUGACAGCAGGUCAUGCCAGUCUGCCGGACGAACCGCGUACAGAAAUGAGCACCUGCAAUACAUCAUCCUGGCUGCGAGACCACAACAUGGAUGCGGAUAUACACUCAUAUGCGCGCGGCAAACUGUUGCGACGCGAUGAGUACUUCUUCCGCAUCUGGGCGAAAAUGCCAAAAAAGAAGAAAAACUCUAAGUAGAGAGGCAAAAUAAUUUGCAUAGACACGACGAAUGAAUUUUAGGCUAGUCUAUAACAUAUAUUGCAAUUGUAUUUAAUUUAAAAACGCUCUUGAUUUGGUUGCUUUUUGUAUUUGUAAAGAGCAUGUAAUGUUUCAGAAUAACAAACACAAAUGAAGUGCUCGCCUACAGCGAUGCUCGCGUCUCUGGGGUCUUAGGGUGCGAGCGAAGAAAAUCUUAGGAUACCAGAGGGUGAGCAUGGCUGUUUUGGGGGAGCAUAACAGAAAAACAUUACAUAAUCUAACGCUCUGUUUAUUUUACUUUUUUGUUUGCACAAUUUACAAUAUGAUUUUUCUGUUUCUGUUUUUUCCUUAUUUUUGUAAGCUGUGAUAAAUCUAUCAAUCGAAAGCGUCAAACGAAUUGCAUAAAAUGUACGCGCUCGGUGCGGCGCGGCACGACCUUUGGGCACGGGCAAUGGGGGCCAACGCCCCAACUCAAUAUCCUAGGGAGACAAACAAUAACAACAAAAUGGUGCAAAUCGAUAUAUGAGUUAUGGGUCGAUGACUUUCAUUGCUAUUGUCAAGGGUAUGUUGCUAGGCGCGAGCUGCAAACAUUUAUGAGAUACUUAUAUUGUACUACAAGUCUUUAACAUAAAACACAAAUAAAAAUGAAUUUUUGAACAAAAAA